GAGGGAGAGGGAGAGAGAGGAGGAGGGAGGGAGAGGGAGGCAGAGAGAGAGGGAGGAAGAGAGGGAGAGAGGGAGGAAGAGAGAGAGGAAGAGAAGGGAGAGAGAGAAAGGGAGAGAAAGGGAGAGAAAAGGAGAGAGGGGGAGAGAGAAAGGGAGAGGGAGAGGGAGAGAGAGAGGGAGAGCAUAUAGACAUCUUUGUCUUAACAGGGUGCCAGAGAUGCACUUAGCAAGAGACAGAGAUAAAGACUCAAAUCUAAGCAGGUUGACUCCACAGACCUUGGCCUGUACCACACACUGACCUUCCAUUCCACCAGUCACUGUGCUGCUGAGGAAAGGAAAGCUAAGGCCUGGAUGGAAGCCCUAUUUGAGGCUAAGAGAUGUCUUGUUGUUCUAAACCCAUUGUGAACUCAUGCAAGAAAAAAAAUCUAAAAACAGAAGCAGAAGAUCCACUAGAGUCCAAACUUCCAGGGAAGCUUGCCAACUGUUCUGUCUCCUGCUGGGAGAAUCAGUGGCUGAAACUCCCCUGCAUAUUGGCUGUGUGCAAAAGAGUCCAUCACUGAAAGCUCAGUCUCCCCUCUUGGUUCCUACACCUUUGGAGAGAAUGUGUUUCCCCUGAGUCUGUCCCAUGUGAUAUAAGCAGGCAGACAGAGGGUCAGGCAGGCAGGCAAGCUGAGGGCUCGUCCUUAAGAGCUGAUUACCAGGAAUGCCCUGACAGGUUGAAGCUGUGUUGUUAAACUGAUCCAGUAUUCUCCCAGCAACUCUCCUCUCCUUCCUGGACCCAAUCAGCAUUCUGUGGACAUGAGCUUCCCUCACCUGAAACUCUGCAGAUUCCUAUUUCACCCAUCAGGGUUCCUCCUUGUUUUACACUAAGUGACUCUAAAGAGUCGCUCUGACUAGCAUGCUCAUGUGUCAGAAACUGAAAUGAAUUUUAUGUGAUACCAGGAGGGGAAGGACGGAUGGGACGGGUUUAUGGCUAACCACACAUUCCCUCUGUUUAGCUGGGAGAGGAAAGAGAACGUGUUUGUUCACCUGGGAUGUUUAGUGCUGAUGUGUUAUAUACGUAAAGGCUGUCAGGCUUAAGCCGUAGCCAUUUGCACAGAAGUUGGAUUGACUAGUUGGUUUUCUCUGUUACAUGUUUGGGAAGCUGAAGGAUUAUUUUUUAUGAAACUGUUUCUUAGAUUCAUUGUUAUAAAGCCAAUGGGAAUAAUUUUUAGAUAUUACCAAAUAAAUGCAGAGUAAGUAUGUAUAUGUAUGUGACAAAAGGCUAUUUGUGGUGUCUACUAGCAUACCAAAGCAUAUAUUGGCCUCAGGUUGUCAGCAUCUCAAAUAUUUUUUACAGAGUCCAUGCUGGCAUCCUCCACAUCCACCCACCUCCUGUUCAAAACUUCUCCAGCUCAUGGACUUCCCUUCCCCCAGCUUCUCAUAACCCCACCAUUUCUGCCAUGCCCUCUCUCUGCUCGCUCUUUCUCCCUCUCCUGUUUGUCUUACUGUUCUCCUAGUCUCCCCUCGUUCUCCCCUCCCGCCAUGGCCAGGGCCAUUCUAGUGGCCAUGUUAAUCCACUACUUUCUCUCCCUACUCUGGACUCUACCAGCUGCCUUCGGCUCUGCUCCUCCUCGUGUCUACAGUAAAAACCUUCUCCUCAACCACACCUUGGGGCGGUCACGUCCUCACUUCAUGCAUCUGGUGCCAAUAGACAAGUCUUUCUAUGUAGCUCUGGCCUGGAACGCACUGUGUAGUCCAUGCUGACCUUAAAAUCCCACCUCGGUCUGGGAGAAGAGUUGUGGGCCACUAUGCCCAGCUUCUUCCACCACAGACAAAAACACACAGUAUUUUCUUCCACCUAAAAUGAAAUUGUAGGAAUAUUUAAGAUUCUCAAGAGAGGAUGGAUACAUUUCAGCAUUUCAGGUCCACCUAGCAGAUUGCUAAGAUAAAGGCAGACAGAACAAAUGACCCACACAAGGCAAAGCCAGAGAGUCAAGCAUAUCGUUAAAAAAAAAGUGUUCUGUUAGACUGAAAAAAAAAGGGGGGGGAUUUGAUGAGAGAAUUUUGGUAUCUAUUUGUUGGGCAUCAAGAGCCAGUGGCAGCUCUGUGCCUAGCACAGGUGGGGAAAACCGAAGCUCAGCUUUAAAACCGUCUUUUUCAGACUCUCAUCUGAACUCAGAUCACCAAGGGUUUGUAAAACUCAGGCGCGGGUUUAGUCAACCGGCUUUCCACUGCUGUAACAAACACCUGAGCUCACCUUGCAGAGAGAAGUUUAUGCUCAUACUCUUGAGUUUUGUUUCCUCUACUUUGGGCUGGUGUCUGUUACAGCAGCCCAGAGGGAGAGAAAACAAUGACCAGGAAUUGAGAGCAGAGGAAAGAAAAGACUAGAGAUAGGGUCCCCAGUGUCCUUCAAGGCCACAUUCCCGGUGACCAACAGACUUUUCACUAAGUAUACCUUUUAAAAGAUUCCAGCAGUGCCGAGGGCUGCAGCCAGACCUUUGACACAGGACUCCUGAGGACACACAAAGCAUAGUGUUCAGCCCCUGGUCCUCAAGAUGUCAAGAUGUUAACAUGCAAACUAUGUUCAGUGCAUUGUCAAGAGUCCCCAGAGUCCUAAUUGUAUCAACACUGCUCAAAACCCUAAGUUCAGCAGGGUACCAGCAUGGUACAGGGUGUCCAAGAUGCAGACAUCACCAAACAGUGAGGAAGCAGGGCAGAUUUAGUGCACCCUAACCCUCCAUUUCUCUAACUGGGAUCCACUAGGCAGAAUGUUGGCUCCAGGGGCAGACCUGUCUUUCGACUUUGCUAGAUGCCAUCACACAGGCUAUUUGUGGGUAGGCCCCACAUGAUGCCUACAGCUCUUCCUGGCAGAUUCUUUGUUGCCAUCAGUAAUUCCCCAAGGCCCCACUCUCGACUUGACUUCACCCUCAUAGCUCCAUGUGUCGCCCUGUCAGUGAUCGCUUAUGGGGCCUUUCAUCCCACAGCACACUACCCGGUCUCUUUGACUUCCUUGCCUAAUCCCAUAACAGUCUACAUGACUGUAAAACACAUGUGUAUGAUGCCAAGGUCUGCCACCAGCCUAAGCAGUCCCCAGGGCACACGUGACUCACUGACCUGAGCCUAGCUGGUCAGCUGAACAUGAGGAACCUAAGUGGUCAUGGGUAAAACAGGUCACCAAAGGACUCUACUUUUCUUCCCAGUUUUGUUUUGUUUUGUUUUGUUUUGUUUGAGACAAGGUCUCACUAUGUAGCCCUGGCUGUCCUGGAACUCAGUAUGUAAAUCAGGCCGGUCUCAAUGUCACAGAAUCUACAUAUGUCUGCCCCCCAAGUGCUGGGAUUAAAGUUUGCACCACCAUGUCUGGCCAGGACUCUCUGCUUGAAUCUCAUGACUGAAAGAAAUUUGUGUUUUUAUGCCUUUGAACCAUUGUGGGCCAGUUGGCUUUCUGGAAAUAACACUCUAUUAGUUUUUUGCUAACACUCUAUGCGAGCUCCUUUUCUAGUGAAAAUGCAGAUUCUGGACCAGAAUCAUAGUUAUGUUGUACAGAAGACAUUCUAGAAGUUUUCUAACCAGUUUCUCCAUACUUCUUCCAAUUUCUUCUUUUAAACCAAUCCCAAAGGCUUCUCCUGCAUUGCCAGAUAAAUAAGUAUCAACAGCAAAGAACCCAGUAUUCUCUGGCAUUUGGUGUUUUGUUAGUCCAGCUCUCUGGUGCUGUAACAAAUCCCUGAGAUAAUCAACUUAUGAGCAGAAAAGAUUCAUUUGGGGGGCUGGGGAUUUAGCUCAGUGGUAGAGCGCUUACCUAGGAAGCGCAAGGCCCUGGGUUCAGUCCCCAGCUCCGAAAAAAAGAACCAAAAAAAAAAAAAAAGAAAGAAAAGAAAAAAAAAAGAAAAGAUUCAUUUGGGCUUACAGUUUGGAGGUUUCAGUCCAUGACUAGUUGGGUCUGUUGCUUUGGACUACUGGUGGCAUAUCAGAUUUGGGGUAGGUGGGGUAGUGAGCCCACUAUCUCUUUUCAGGGGCACACACCCAGUGACCUGAAGCACCCUUGAUAGCCUUAACCUCCUAAAGGUUCCAACUCCCUCUCAAAGCUCACAUCCUGGGGAUCAGGCCUGUAACACAGGAUGCUUUGGGGGAUACUGUCGGCCUAGGAAGGGGCCUAAGAACCCCCAUUCCUCAGUUGCCUACAGAGGAUGUCAGUGAGUAGAAAAGGUUUCAGAAUGUUUUAUACCCAGGGACAGAAUAAAUUAGAGUGAGAGAGCCUGGACACUGGAGGCAGAAUUACCUAGACGCCAUCAAGCAUAUAACAGGUCUGAACUUGGGUAGCAGCUGUGAACAAAGCUGAGGGACUUCUGACCGUUACAUUUUCUGGCUUGAUAUGGCUUGAACAGGAUGAGGGGUAUGGCCCAUUAUGAAUGAUUAUGAGACCUUUAGGCUCUGGGAGUGUCUGCUGGGAGCGUGUACACACCCUAACUCUCUGUGUUCUAGUCAUCCUGGGCAGUUCCCUGGUUUCCAAGCUGUCUAUCCUGCUUUGUGCCUUGCUGGUGAUUCUGCCUGAGAUAUUAAUGCCAUUGUCCUUCCACUGACUGAAUGGCAUCCAUACAACUCUUGAUCCCAAGUCGAGUGCUGUUACCAGAAAUCGCUCCUGGUGCCUCUGUCCACAACCUGCUGCUGCUGGUCUGAGUUAGGCAUCCUUUCUAAAUGCUCCACCGACAUCCUGUGAGGUCUCCUAUUAUAACAUGAUAUGCUAUGGUCCAGUCACUACCUCGGAGCUUCUGGAAAGGAUUUCAUUUUGUAUGUUUUGGACUCUACUGUCCCCACAUAGAAGAAACGUGACGAUAACCUGAUUGAACACUGAAUGUUGAGAAAGACAGGAGACUAUCUGCUAUGAAACUAGUGGCAUCCAUUUCCUCGUUGCUAAUGACAUAGCAAAGCAGAAAGAUGUUUGGACAGGGCCUUAACUACAUUUGGUGUGAGGUAGUGUGAAGGAGCAAAAUACCUUUGUGAAGAAGUCAGACAAGUGUUAAACAACUUAAAAGACAGCCCUACAAUGCCUGGAGAGCUAUUUGCAUAGAGGUAAUAGUUAAAGUCAUGGCUGAGAGACAGGUAAAUACCAAGAUAAAGACAGGCAAAGCAAAGGUAGCACAAAGGGAGAGAGCAGCAGGGAUGCAGAUGCACAAAAAGGACAUGGAGAGCUGAUGCGAACAAAGCCACAUGGAGAAAAACCCGGUCCUUCAGUUUUAAGGAUCUCCUGCCAUACCAUUGUCAGGACAAUGUCACAGUAUCGGGGAGAUGCAUGGAGUCUUCAAGAGGAAAACCAUAAAGGGAAGAGAUCUGAGAUGCCCUGCUCUAAACGUUAGGCUUCAUAUCCACGUCCCACGGGCCUGGACUCUACUCUUCCACUAUUCAACUCUUCUCUUCUACUCUUCCACUCUUCCACUCUUCCUCUUUUCCUCUCUUCCACUCUUCCACUCUUCCUCUCUCCUACUCUUCCUCUCUCCUACUCUUCCUCUCUUCCACUCUUCUUCUCCCCUACUCUUCUUCUCUUCCACUCUUCCUCUCUCCUACUCUUCCACUCUUCCACUCUUCCUCUCUUCCACUCUUCCUCUCUUCCACUCUUCCUCUUUUCCUCUCUUCCACUCUUCCACUCUUCCUCUCUCCUACUCUUCCUCUCUCCUACUCUUCCUCUCUUCCACUCUUCCUCUCUUCCUCUCUUCCACUCUUCCACUCUUCCUCUCUUCCUCUCUUCCACUCUUCCACUCUUCCACUCUUCCACUCUUCCUCUUUUCCUCUCUUCCACUCUUCCACUCUUCCACUCUCCUACUCUUCCACUCUUCCUCUCUUCCACUCUUCCUCUCUUCCUCUCUUCCACUCUUCCACUCUUCCACUCUUCCACUCUUCCUCUUUUCCUCUCUUCCACUCUUCCACUCUUCCACUCUCCUACUCUUCCACUCUUCCUCUCUUCCACUCUUCCUCUCUUCCUCUCUUCCACUCUUCCACUCUUCCACUCUUCCUCUUUUCCUCUCUUCCACUCUUCCACUCUUCCACUCUCCUACUCUUCCACUCUUCCUCUCUCCUACUCUUCCACUCUUCCACUCUUCCUCUUUUCCUCUCUUCCACUCUUCCACUCUUCCUCUCUCCUACUCUUCCUCUCUUCCACUCUUCCUCUCUCCUACUCUUCCUCUCUUCCACUCUUCCUCUUUUCCUCUCUUCCACUCUUCCACUCUUCCACUCUUCCACUCUUCCUCUUUUCCUCUCUUCCACUCUUCCACUCUUCCUCUCUCCUACUCUUCCACUCUUCCACUCUUCCUCUUUUCCUCUCUUCCACUCUUCCACUCUUCCUCUCUCCUACUCUUCCUCUCUUCCACUCUUCCACUCUUCUACUCUUCCACUCUUCUAUUCUUUUAGCCUGGGAGGAUACUCCCAUUCAUAAAAAGAGGUGCUACUCCCAUUCAUGAUAAUAGAAGUGCACUUAAAGGUUGGUUGCAACUCUGUCAACCUUUGUUUUCUACACCACUUCAUAGAAUGAAUAAUCUAUCAUGUCUCACAGGUGCAUGUGCACAUGUCCACAGACAGAGAAACAGAAGCACAGACACAGACACACAGUUCUCCACCUUUUCCUACCUGGCACUUUGUAUGUGUCUUAAGAAUUGCAAUCCUCAGACAGGAAGGGAAUUUUCUACUUUAAGUACGAUUGAGAAAAGUAUAUUAAACAGAAAGAAGUAUUCAAGUAUAGUCUCACACCCUCAAAUCACAGUAGGGCUUGACACCUACAGGACCUUCAGAAAGGAUCACAGUAGGUGUCAUGCUGCCCCUUGCAUUGUGUUAACAGACUCCUCUUGGGGUUUCUACAUUUACAUCAGAGGAUGAUGUUUUGCCCCAAAAUACUCAGAGCUUUUCAGAGCUGCAUUCCUAACCAAACCACCCCCUCUGUUUCAUCUGUAACAACGGCCCCAAGAAAAUCAUUGAUAUGAAGGAAUAGUACAAUUCUUUAUGUUCCGGGGAGACAGACAGGCCAAGCCUGGGAAGACUAAGAAAAGAAAGUAACAGGAACGUGGUUUGUUCUUCAUAAUUACAUACUUAGGGGAGAAAGGAGAAGAACGCUCCUUUUAACAUGGCUGGCCAUGACAGAUGAGCUGUGCUGCAGAGAAGAAUGUGCAGCAGCCCUGAGAGGAGAUCGAGCUCUCUGGAAUGCCGGAGAUAAAACGCUGAGCACUUUACUCUUCCUUUGCCUUGUGCUUCGAGCCUUUCACAGUUCUCUGUGAGUGGCAGGGGACAUGAGGGAGUGCACCAGACCCUUCUUGUCUAGGUCGUGCAGCAAAAGCAACUGUCUCUUGAAGACAUAAGAUCCAAGCACCUCAAAGACACGUUUUGCUCUUGGCUGGCAACACCCCCAGAAUAAGUGCUUGAUAGAUUUGGCAAUGAGACCAGAGUGCAAAAACCUACUUCAUCUCUUAGCUCCUGUGCUCCCCUUGCUGCCUGUUUACUUGGGAACACUAUUUACUCAAGGGUGGUUUGAGCAGAAUCCAAGGAGCAGGAGAGCGUACAUGCAUGUCUGUGAUUUUCCUUUCAAAAUGAAAUGACGGGGGCCGGCGGUGGCUCUGCCCUGAGAGCACGCACUGCUCUUUCAGAUGCUCUGGGGCAGGUUCCCAGCUCUCAUGGCAUGUGGCUCACAACCUCCUGCACCUCCAUCUCCAGGGGGUCUGAUGCCCUCUUUGGGCCUCCAAAGUCACUGCACUCAGACAUACCCACAAACAGACACACGUGUGAACAUCAUGAAGAAUAAGACAUAUUUUCAAGUAACAACACAGUUUAUACAGACCUGGCUAAAGUAAUCAAUGAAUUCAUGAAUCAUUUCCUGAGGCCACCAUGAAUUUGGGAUAGAGAGAGAAGAACUGUUAGUGUAAGAAUUGUAAAAUAAGUGCAUAAGGUCAUGCAGUCAACCUUUAUUUCUCCACACUGCAAUCCUCGGAGGCCUGUUUAUAUCUCUGCCAUGUAAAAUAAACCCAUAAACAGACAUUCUGAGACUUGAAAGUACCUGGGAUAAUGAUUACAUAGACCAUUUUAUAGGACAGAAAGCACUAUUUUUAAAAAUGGGUUAGUUUUGUAGUAUGACUUCUGUCAUUUCUUUGGUUAUAAAUGUAAGCACUUAGUUAUUACAAUUGUCUUUAAGUUUUAUAUUUAUAAUAAUCCAAACACUGUGAGCUGAAAUUAUAUGAUACUAAAAUGAACAUGAUGUAAAUCUUAAGCAAAUUUUCUUUGAAGCCCAAGCUGUACUACAACAUACAGCCUUCUUACAGACUUCAGUGUGGUAGAAUUACUAUGACGCCUAGUCUAUAAGGCUGUCUCUAACACAUCCAAGUCUUUCCCCUCACAGGAAGGUUAAGAGAAUGGACUGAAAAUUACUCCAUGUGACUAAACAGUAUAUCACCAUACACGUGUCUGACAAACUGCUCUCUCCAGUAGCAUCUUCUCCAUCUCCAUGCAAGUGGAUAGUUUUAAAAACUCUUUACACAUCAUGAUUUCAUCAUGCUUGUCCCGCUGAUUUGCUAAAAGACUGGGUGUUGGAGGGUUGAAAGUAACAAGAGAUAGGUUAUGCAAGCAACAGAUGGAAGAGAUACAACCGGAGCCUACAUGUCCUGACUCCUAGACAAGUGUUCCCUCCACUGUGCCAGGCAGUGGAAAAUUCCCAGCCUUAUCCUAGCUUCUCAUCUCUUCCAUUAAAACACACACACACACACACACACACACACACACACACACACACACACUCAAACACACUCAAACACACACCACACACAUCACACACAUACACACACAACACACAUACACACGCACGCACACUCACACCACACAUACACACACACACCACACAUACACACACACACCACACAUACACACACACCACACAUACACACACACCACACAUACACAACACACAUACAUACACACAUACACACACACCACACAUACAUACACACCACACACACACAUGCACACGCGCACACACACUCAAACACACUCAAACACACACACCACACACACACCACACAUACACACACACCACACACAAACACCACACAUACACACACAUACACACACACCACACAUACAUACACACCACACACACACAUGCACACGCGCACACACACACCACACACACACCACACAUACACACACACACCACGCACACACACAGUCACACAUACUCAUACACACACACUCAAAUACACUCACACCACACAUAUACACACACACCACAUACACACACAUACACACACACACCACACACACAUGCACACACACACACACAUACACACAGACAACACACACACACACACACACACACAGCAGCAGCAGCAGCAGCAGCAGCAGCAGCAGCAGCAGCAGCAUGCUAUCUGGCCUGUCACUGUCAAUACGUGAGUGGAAAGGAGUAAAGAGAGAAAAAAGCAGAGAUAUGAUACAACUUGCUUCCCAUCCAAAGAUCUUGAGCAAUCAAAUGAGGCUAGUGUCCACAAGUUGGUGCAGGGUUUAGCAAUGAGAUGGUAGCUAUUUGGCCGCUCCUGGUCUCACUCAAGGUCUCGAGGGACAAAACAGGAAACAGGGCCUUGCUCUAGCCAAAGCUGGUUCCCUGGCCUGGCCCUGGACAGGGCAUGUCUUAUCCAAGCCUCCACUGCAGCUUGCUAAAAUGCAGGCUAGUAGCUACCACUUCCUAUAGUUCUCAGACCUGCUUCAGGGAUCCAGUGAGGAGAUAGAUGUUCACAUUUCUUGAAAAUCAUUUGUAUCAAAUGCCACAAGCAUGUCCAGGGCCAUUACUGAUGUGGUUAAUGGGGCACCAAGAAAUGAUGAUUUAAGGACUGCCUUCUACUGAAAGCCGACAAAGGCAGGCCUUGCUCUGAAUUACACUUUGCCUUUCCAUGCCAUUCUCUAGAAGAAGAAAAUGGGAGAUGGAGCUCUCUGGUGUAUUUGUUUUUCUUGUUUUUCAGAGGUAGGGUCUUAUUCUGUAAAGCAAGGCUGGCUUCACCUCCAAGGUGCUGGCAUUAGAGACGUGUGCUGCCAAGCACCUUUCAGGAAAGCAACUCGUUGCCCAGGCUUGAAGAAGAGCGGCAUGAACCAAGGCUACAGGCUGCCGUAGCUACUUUCUUGUUGCUGCAGUAAAUACCCUGACCAAAACAACUCAAGGGAGAUGUGGGUUAUUUCCAGUUCCAGGGGACACCGUCUACCCUGGCAGGGAGGACAGGGCAGCUGGCUGCAGAGGUGCAGCAGCAGGAACCAGAGGCUGGCUGGUCACCACAUGUCCACACUCAGGAAGCAGAAGUGAGUAGGAAGUGGGGCUGAGUUACAAGGCCUUUCCCCUGUGACCCAUUUCCUGCAGAGAAGCACCGCCUCCUAAUGAUUCUACAGCCUUCGCCAACACCAGCAGCUGGAGAACCAGGGUUCAAAUACCCGAGCCUAGGGGCAAAUUCCACAUCCAAAGCACUGCUUGACCCACACAUAAUUUCUUUUGCAAACUUUUAGGGGAGAAACCUUCCUCUCCUGAGUCUGUCAGAUGACACAAAUAGGAUGAAACAUGUUCUUGAUACUGAGAACCAGUUUAUCAUUCUGUGCUUACCAAUCACAAUGAAAAUGGCUAAUAUUCUCAGCAAAUAAGUACUAUGUUUCCCCUCCUAAAGUGAAGUACAUGGAAGGGAGCAGAGACUGUGUCAGUCAGCUUAACAUUGCUCUAACAAAUAACUGAGCUGGUCCAUUUUUUAUUAAGAAAAUGGGUUUGAGAUGUCUUGGUCCGUAUGGGGAUCUUCAGUCUCAUUGUGGGUGAACUGGAUGGCACUGCUAGACUGUGCACCUUGUGAUUGCAGUAGCUAAAGAGAUGAAGGAAGAGUCUGGGAUCACACAACUCCCUCCAAGGACAUCCUACUAAGUUCUGUUACCUCCCAAUAAUUGGGGACCAAACUCAUGGGCCUUUGAGGAGACUCAACAUCAGGUGUGUGUGGCUUUGUGAGAACCCAAGGUGUUAUGCAUGCUGGGUAAUCUACUACUAAGUCCACUCCCAGGGCCAGAGGCUCUCAAGGUCUUCUCAGUUGGCUAGCUGUAGAGUGGUGGAGACAUCUAGGACCUUAAAUCUAUGGAGCUGACGUGAUUAAUUCUUGCACACAUCGCUGGCUGGAAGCCACUGUCUUACUGCUUCCACUCCAGCCUACAUCCCACUCUUUCUCAUGUGUUGGUCUUGGCUUACUGGAGGACUCAUCCAACACUCCCUGCACUCACGCUCAUGCACAGUAGACAGAUUCUCUCUUUCUCAAGAAGGGUCCUACACAAUACUGUGAGGCUCUGUCUCUGGGAUGUCCAGUCAUCGGAUGUGAUUUGAGGCCUUCAACCAUGCUCCUCAGCAUCCACCUAACAGCACGCUUCCUGAAACGUCCUUCUCGAGCCUACUAGGGCCUGCCCCGCUGACACUGGCAGCACAUAUCCGUUUUCUACACAGUCCUUCAGACCUAAAAUGACUCGGGUCUCAGGAACCCAUCACGUCAGCGACUGUCUUCUUCCUUCACAAGAAGUCCAAGGCAGUUGUGCAGUUAGGUGUUUGAAAUAAAAUGUGUCAAUACACUAUAGAAGCUGCCUUCCUGUUUCCACAUCUGUCAUUAGACAGCAAGGCUCACAGAAUACCCCACCCCACCCCCAAGAAAUGUAAUUCGAGAGAGGAGUGGGUUUUAGAGGAGCAACAGGGAGCUGGAGAUUAUGACUAAAUGGCAGGACAGUAACCUCCGCCCCAGUUUGAAAGUGCUCUCUAUGCUCAUUCUAUGAGUCUAAAAGGCACAAGAUAUAUACAAAAAAGUGUGUGUGUGUGCAUGUGUGUUUGUGUGUGUGUGCAUGUGUAUUUGUGUGUGUGUGUUUGUGUGUGUGUGCAUACGUGUUGGUGUGUGUGCAUGUGUAUUUGUGUGUGUGUUUGUGUGUGUGUGCAUACGUGUUGGUGUGUGUGUUUGGGGGGGUUGUGGGGAGGAUUGUGUGUGUUUGUGUGUGUGUGCAUAUGUGUUGGUGUGUGUGUUUGGGGGGGUUGUGAGGAGGAUUGUGUCUGUGUACGUGUGCGUUGCAUAUACAUCUGUGCAUGGGCAAUGCAGAGACUGAUGUCAAGUGUUUCUCCCAAUCACUUUUCCAUCUUGUUUUUUGAGGCAGGGUCUCUCACUGAACCUGGGGCUGGCCGGUGAGCCUGGGGAUCGUCCUGUGCCGGACUCUUUAGCUCUGAAAUUACAGGCAUACCAUGCCACCCCAGUCUCUCUACAUGGGUACUGAGAAUCUGAACUCAGAACCUGACACUUGCAGAGCAAGCACUACACCAACUGGGCUGCCUCCUCAGUCCCCAAAUAUUAGAAUUUUGAAGACCAACCUUCCCACUAACUCUCAAGUUUCUCCAGAUGAAAAAUGAAAGAUUCGUGCAGCUUUGGAGAAAACCAUGUACCGUUAUGAAUACCCUCGUUAUGAAUACCCUCACUGUCUCUACAACCUAAAACCCAUAAUGAAUUUGUUGAGAGAUGACCAAGGGUUGACAUGCCUUUUUGUUUUUGGAGGACUGACCAUCCGACUCUUCUCUUCUUGACUGCCCUGGAAGCUUUUUCCAAUUAGGCAUAUUUAGCUGAACCAUAUUAUCAGGCUACAGGAAGAAUCCCGUUUGUCAGCAGUUUUAAACUUUGCCAAAUAAAGGCUUAUUGGCAAAUGGUGGUGAGCGCUCUGCUAAUGGCCAGACUUUAGAAAACACGCACCCUGCCGAGUUUUAUUCAAGCCAUGGUUCUAUUGAAAUAAAAGAGGGUGACAAUGGCUGCUUUCAAACACUAGAGACCCUUUGCAUUCCAAUAAAAGUUUAAAUUAAUGUUUUAAAAGGUUACUGCUAUUUUUUCCCAUUUAGCUGCCAUCCUGUAUGAGUCGUAUUUAGACGAGGCCCUACUCUGUUUUACUAUUUCUUUCUGCACAAAAACUAGUGUUUGAUUACAUUAGAUCAUCAGUGUCUGGCUUUCAUUAGACAAACCUGAAAUACCCUAUUAUUAAGAUUAAAUAGAAAAAAAUAGUUGUUUUCUUAUUCAAAACCUAUUAUUUUGAGGCUAUGCUGACCAGAGGAAGAGAAAUCUUUACAAAACCUGACCUAGAGAUGCUAUGAGAGGAGCAACACAGCCGCCUCUGCACUGACUGGGCUGCUCUUCCCUAGGAUGUGAAGAGAGGUGGCCUACACAUCUUCGACUAUGCAGUUCCCACUUUGCUGUGAGAGGGCUUUGAAAGGGAGAGUAGCUUCUGCUUUGUAAAGCCAGCAACUUACAUUCAAUGGAGUUGCUUGGAUCUGGGGGCCCUGUUAUUCAGGCUUCACCAGUAUCUUCUCAGUGUGGGUUUUCAAACCCACCGCUGAAGCAAUGGGUGGACUUUGCUCCAGUCACACGAACAAAUAGCCAAGAGGGCAGCAGUGCCUCGAGAUGACCUAAUGGUCUCAUCAUACACAAUGGUGUACACUCCAGCCUCUUCAGAUUUCACCCAGGGGAAAUAGAACCUCUCUAGGGGCUGGGGCUGGAGAGAUGGCUCAGAAGCCAAGAGUACUUGUUGCUCUUGUGGACGACCUGGCUUUGAUCACCAGUACCCACAUGGUAGCUCACAGCUGGGUAACCCCAACCCCAAGGAAUCCUAUGUUUUCUUUGACCCUUUGCAGGGACCAGACACAUAUGUGAUACAUAGAUAGACAGAAAAGCAAAACAGUGUAAAUACACAUAAAAUAAAUUAACAUAUUAAUCGCAAAAGAAAUUAUCUAGGAGAAUUUUAUAUGAUGCGAACACUUUCCACUUGACACGGUUGGGAGGAGUCUGAACUAGGGUUUGUCUGUGGUGACUUGGCUGUGGGCAUGUCUGUGAGGGUUGUCUUAAUGAAGUACCUUUAUACGGAGAGACUAGUCUGUAUGGGCAGCAUCAUUCCCAAAGCAGAAGGUCUUGACCCAUAUCAGAGUGAUUUGACAUUUGAGCUGAGUACAGGUCAGCAAGCAAGCAAGAAAGUGAACACAUAUGAUUCAUCUCCCCACUCCAUGAUUCUGAAUGUGAUGUAACCAGGUCUAUUACCCCCCUGGUGCUAUGACUUCUCAGAAACGAUGAACUGAUUGUUGUCCAAGCACUUUUAUCACAGUAACAGAAAUGAUUACCUCUGGAUUAUCUCGCGGGUCUUCGGUAGUUCAGAAGUCAUCUCUCCAAGAAACCUACUCCAGCAUGCCAAAGAAAAGGCAGGUACCCAGCCUAUGUGCUGGAACCCCAGAGGCAUCACACUGUGAUUACACAUUUGUUAGUCUCCCAUGUAGACCAUGAGAUACAUAAUACAGUACCGUAUCUUUUCACUGUAGCAUUUGCCAUGUCUACCACAAGGCAUGCUAACACAGUAGGUCUUGAGAAAAUGUUUACUAAGUGAACACCUUGUUAGACUACUUACCGUGUUUUUCCCGCCAUGUUGGCCAGCUUUCUCGAGGCCCGUAGGAGGUUGCUAUGACGGUAGUUCCUGCCUGCACCCUCAGAGGCAGCACCGUUGGUGAUAUUAUUGCACUCACUAAUGUCAAGAAGCUCCCAGGCUCCCUGCAGAAGCCCCAAGUUCCACUGUUUCAUGGUUGUGUUUAUUUGCUUAUUUUGUCCCUGGUGACCUUGGUCACUAGGUGAAUUGGCUGUGUCUUAGACUGUGGGAAGAAGACAGGAUGAAGGCCAAGGUCUUUCUCCUUUCCUUUCCUUCAGUGGCUCAGACUGUACCCUGGCCCUCUUCUCAAGGAAUAAGUGUUCUCAGAAUGUCGUUUGACUCCCGUGUUAAGUGAACUGUCAAUGGCUUCCUCUGGCUUAUCCGGUUUACUUAAGUCAGCCCCAUUCUGAAGAGAAACCAAAUCAAAAGUCUACCAAGAGCUACUCAUGUAGGAUGGAUGGAGUAGGGGGAGCCUGUCUGCUCACAGACAAAUUUAUAACCUGUGCUUCCAGACAGCUGCUUAGACUCCUGGCAUGAUUGUCCAAAUAAAACCAGGGCAAACCAUUAUACUUGACCAUAGAAAUAACCCAGAUUUGGUGGUGGUGUUAUUGGGGUAUAAAUGCCCCAAAUACUUCAUGGUACAUACUUAUAUUCUUAAAACAUCAUAUAUUAACCCAAAACUAAGUACCCACCAGACAGUAACACUGUUGCUAUUACCCCAUAUUUCCACAUAUUAGUAUUAGCUUCAACUCUUGAAUACCUGUCCAUAAAAAUACAAAUCAUCAGUAAUACAGUAAAACUGGGCCAGUGUUGCUUGAUUUAUAUCUGUGAAAUUCAGAUUUUGCUGAGCACCCUGUAUUUUCAUCUGUUGCUUCUGUACCUACUAAUUCUGAAUCAGAAGUCCUAAACCGUGUGUUCCUUCUGUUAUUAUCCAUCAAGUGGCCUUUCCUGCACUAGAUGAAUCCAGGCAAGUUCCUUUGACCUCUUUAGCCCACAGGUUCGACCAGUCCUGACUAUCUCUGUGCAGCAGGUUCUGGACUCUGCAUAUGACCGUAUGUGGAUCUUGUGUAUGAAGUGGUCAGGUACCAGAGAGGAAAUGAAACUACCAUAGUGUUACUCUAGCACCAGCAGCAGGGCACAGGAGGAUUACAGGUUUGGGUCAGAUGGGUUACAUGAUGAGUGAAACUCUGUCUCGUAAAAGAAAAGGAGAGAGAGAGAGAGAGAGAGAGAGAGAGAGAGAGAGAGAGAGAAGAAAUUCCAGGAAAACCAAAGCUCUUGUCUUUUGCCAGCCAUCUUCUCAUAACAAAUGGCUUAGAUCCAUCUCAGCGGCUCCUCAUCUGAAGUGAGAUUCAUGGUUUCCAGAAUAAUUUGUCCCUCAUUUACCUGGGUUGAUUUUAAACUUUCUGAGAAUUGAAUGGCAAAGAAGAAAAAAAUAUAUAUAUAUAAUUUCUCAAUAGUGGUAUCCAAGGCAGGGCUAGAGAGAUGGCUCAGUGGUUAAGAUCACUGGCAGGUCUUCCAGAGGACCCAGGUUCAGUUCCCAGUAUGCACAUGGCAGCUCACAACUGUAACCCCAAUUCCAAGGGAUCAGACACUCUCACACACAUGAUGUGGCAAAGCAUCAAUGUACAUUUAAAAAAUAAUAAUGAAAUUAGCCCAAGGCAAGAACAUGGGAAUUGUUGUGAACAGGGUAGAUAGACUGUUGCUUUUCUUGUCUCCACCCUGGCUUUUUAGUUUACCAGGAGCCUAAUGGAGCCCCAGAUAAGCCAUGCCAAUGCCCAGGCACUUGUAACAAAACCAAAGGAAAUCAAGGGGGAUGAAGUCAUCCAUGAAAUCAGGAAGCAAUUAAACACAUAAAGAAGAGAAGCAUCCCCCAUGAUGGGCCUCAGAGCAACUGACUGAGGUCCAGGAACUUGUUGUUCUCAAGGUUUUUCACUUAAGUUUUCCCGGCUUUCUUAGUUCAAUGGGUUUCAUUUUGAAGUUAUAGAAUUAUGUAGUCAUUACCUGCCCACAUACCCAGGUCUUCAUUGCAUCGCAAAGUGGAUGUGGGUGGGAAGAGUGGGAAUAGACAACAGAGAUGAGAGCUUCAAAGGCCAUCAUGUUUGCCUCUGCUUGAGCAGUUGCUACCAUUUUAGCCUCUGCUGUCAUCUGGAGUAGCUCUGAAGAAUCUUCUGUGCUGUCUUCUAAUAAAAACAAAACAAUAAAUGAUUAUGUGGUGAUAAAAGGAAGAGGUAUCAGGAAAAAUUGUGUAAGAGUCUUGCAACUCUUGUCAGAGAGCGUAGUGCUGUUGGAAAGAAUUUUGUUUGGUUUGGUUUUUAUCUCUAUAUAUACCAAGAGAAAGAAAAUAUUUUGAAUCCAGUAUUUAUAGUGAUAAUUGUUAGAUGAAUUAUAUGAGCACAUGUGGUCUAAUAAAUAUGAUGUCUGUAUAAAGUUAUACUGUUGACAGCAAACGCACAUAUUGUCUUUUUAGCUUUAAUAGGUACAACCCAGAGCAGUGUUUCUCAACCUUCCUAAUGCUAUGACCCUUUAAUACAGUUCCUCAAGUUGUGGUGACCCCAGCCAUAAAAUUAAGUUGUUUCUACUUCAUAACUGUAAUUUUGCUAGUGUUAUCAAUUUUAAUAAAAAUAUGUGUAGAAUAUAUGACUCCAGUGAAAGGGUCGUUAGAUCCCCCUUCCAAGGGGUGGUGACCACAGGUUGAGAGCCACUUGUAUAGCAUCAUCCAAAAGAACUAUUUAGACUGUAGACAUGUCUGGGGGAGGCGGAGUCAUCUUGAUUAUUAGCUAAUGUGGGAAGACCUAGCACCUUGCGAGUGAUGACAUAACCAGGCAGGUUGUCCUGGGCUGCGUGAGGAAGCUACUUGAGUAUAAACUGCUCUUCCAACAAGUUAGCACACAUCCUUCACAGCUCCUGCUGCGUUUCUUUGGCUAUGAAUAAGUCCCUUGUUCAGGGGUAAUACUGUGUGGAAGAACAAGCAGGCUUGCCUUGACUUCCCUCAGGAAUGCAUUGUAACCUGCAGGACUAAAGGAACCCUUUCUUCCCCCAAGUUGCUUUGAGUCAGAGUAUUUUAUCAAAGAAGCAGGAAGGAAGCUAGGUCGUUCAUGGAGAAGAGUUUGUUAGCACAUGGGAGAGGCAUACGUUCCUUGGAGGAAGCUGGACAUUAGACAACAUCCUAGAUUCUGAAAGGUGCAAAUUUUUUAAAGAACUGAUUUCAAGACUAUUGGAAGUCGCCAUAUAAAAUGGUGUAUCUAUCAGUCCCAUUUUACAAAGACUGAAGAGAGUUUAUCUUUUAGAGUGUGUUGUGACCUCUUGCUUGGAAGCGCUCUGUGGCCGAGAAGAGUAUGCUGACUUCAUGCUUUUUGAGAAGAGGCCUAUGUAAAGAUAAGGGGCAUGGUCAGACAGAUGGAGCACUACGUUAGGAUGACGAUCCUAGGAAGAGGCUGGGAAGAUAGGUCAGCAGCUAAGAGUACUUGCUGCUGCUGCAGAAGACUCCGGUUCAAUUCCCAGGGUCUCCGUCCAUGGCUCACAACAGACUAUAGUUCCAGGUCGAGGAAACCCUAUGCCUUCUUCUGACCUCUGAGGAUAACAGCAUGCAAAUAGUGCACGUGCAUAGAGAGGCACAUAUACACACUAAAUACGUAAAUUCUAAAUUUUUCAGGUAGAUUCAUGGUUGAGGGGUUCAUGCACCUUGCUGGUUCCUAUCAGAGAACCCUUUUUGAGGUCCUCCUUGGACAGUGGACGAGAGGUUCAUUUGGUUCAUGUGUCUCCAAGUGACGGUACAUUAUGACACUGGUAGGUCACCUAGCAAGUACUCUUCACCAGUUCCCCUGAACUCAUCUUCUCCUGGAGGCUGGCUGCCCACUUAGGGGUAGGGCAAUGGGUGGGACAGCAUUCACAUCUCCCAUUAGCAACCAUUAGAGCUGGGCAUUCUUCAAUGGAUUUUCCAUACAUUUCCUGAGCAGCCCGUUGGAAGACAAGAUAAAGAGCAGUCAUUCUGUGCCCCCUUCUACAGACCCCGUAAAUAACUCCCUUGACCACAGCCCUUCAUCAGAAACACCAGACUGGGUGCAGAGACCCUAAUGAGCUCAGGUGGCCACGUGGGGACCAGUACUUGCACAGGUUGGCAGAGGAACACAUUCCCAUGGGCUCGAGAAACAUGGAUGUCCUUGGUAUUCAGUGGAAUCCAGAAUCCUUUUCUUCUGUCUUCCCUCAUUUUACCUCUUGGGAUGUGCCCUGUUUGAUGGCAGUAAAGGUUCUGAAGUCACACAAAAGGGACACUCCCUUGUUUAUUAGCAGAGAUGUAUGAAAGGUUUCUUAUUUCCAGGUUAGACCACAGUUACCAUACCCAUCCCCUACCCAUUCUCUUUAAAAAUAAGAUGUCAGAAAACCAACGGCCUGCCAGCCAUAAAGACAAUUGAUGAAUUGGAAUUCUGGGAGCUGUUAGUUUCGUGGGGAGAAAUUGCCUUUGAUUCUUUUGAUUUUAAUGUUUUUUUAAAAAAAGGUGUCUGUCAAAUACUAAAGACCAAUGCAUUUAAUAUUUCAGGUUUAGCUCCAUUCUUUCGCUAAAGGUUUAUUUGUUUUGUGUGUACAUGUGAAUGUAUGCCUGGUUCACUCGGAGGCCAGAAAAGGGCAUCGAAUCCCAGGAACUGAAGUUGUUACAGCCAGUUAGGAGCCAUCCUGUGGGUGCUGGGAAUGGAAACCAGGUCCUCUACAAAAACAGAAUGUGUUCUUAACUAAUGUGCCAUCUUGCCAGCCCUGAAAUUUUAUAAAUUAAUUAUAAUGAUAUUUCUCAUCUAGGUGAUUAAUAUUGACCACAAAUAUCCACACUUCCCACUCCUCCAAGCUCUUCUUCUGUCUCCCCUCUCUCUACCCGUGACUUCCCCCACCCCCACCCCCACACACACUGUGCUCAUUCAUAGUACAUUAAAAUGGAGCCUGAAUGCCCAAUGAGUCUGUUAACAACACAAUACUUGUUAAUCUUCUCUCAUCUGAGAAGCAAGAAACAAAGGAAUUCCAAAGCCUAGAAUAUGUGAAGGAACUCUUUUUGGCUCCCACUAAAUGUGUCUUCAGUUCUCAAAACACACAGACUAAAGUAGACUUAGGCCUCUUAUUCAAAGGCUUUGCUGAGAAGGGAAUAGAAUUAAAUUUUCCCUAAAACAUUCGGAUGUGCUUUUUUGGGUUCAGGCAUGUUAGAGAUAGUAAGAAAUUUCAGUGUUGAGAAUCAGAAUUUUAAACAAGGGCCAGAAAGAAGAGUGUCUUAUUUUUAAAGGUCCCCUCCAGUAACCAAGCAAGUGCACGAUAAUUUUAAUUCUGCCCCUGGUGAGUAGGGCUAGCUUGAUCUCAUUCUACAACGCACUGGUUAGUAUUUUAUACUUAACUCGUAGAUUUCCUGUGGUAGUAGGUAGAUGUAAAUUUCCUCUCCUUGGAAGCCAGUUUCCAUGUAGAAUUUUCUGUGUAUUUGAGAUCUAUGCUGUGGCCUGCCUGAACUCAUGGAAAAUUGAUGAUACUGGGAGGGAACUAUUGUAACUAAGCUUCCGGAAAGGCACUUUUUAAAACAGCAGUGGAAAAAAAAUAACAGGGCGCUAGUCUGAUGUGAGUUUUGGCAGACACUUCACUCAGCCUGCCAGGACAUCCCCAGAAAUUAUAGACCCUCAAAGGUGUUCAGGACAAAGUAAAUAAAACACGAUACAGUUAUUUUAUGCCCACCCCCACUGAUUCACUCCUCCCUCCGCAACUUCUUAGCAACAUGAAUUUUGAACUGAGUGAAAGGUCAGCUUUGAAGUGAGUGUAAAGUUAUUUACAGGAAAUGGAGCAGAAAGUGGGCUCUCGUGCACUUUUAAAUAUCCCUAUUAUCAGGGGAAAAUGAACUGUGUCAUCUGUCCGAAGAGAAUCAAAUCCUUGCAUUUUCUUAUGUAAAAGCAAAAUAAAUAUGUACCAUUCCGGAAUUAGCCUAUCAACCCUGAAACUUUAAAAUUCACCAAGGUCUGCUUCCCCCCAACAUUGGAUGUGAAAGCUGGAAAUAACACUGUGUGUUUAAAACUCCCUUACUUGGAAGCGCAGUGGGGGCAGGUAGAAAAGAGCUAAUCAGGGGGUUUCCUUCCAACAUGAGAUGCUAACUGGGCUCUUGUGAUAGCUACAGGACCGGCAACAUCUUUAAAUAUUUAAUUUCUUGUCAGUUGUUAGCCGACUCAUGUUUAUGUAUGUGUGUGUGUGUGUGUGUGUGUGUGUGUGUGUGUGUGUGUGUGUGCGUGCGUGCGUGCAUUGCACAUACACAUGUAGCUGUAUCUGUCAGAAGGAAGUGGUGAGUUAAAGCAAUUAUAGGGCUCAUUCUGCAAGGAGAAGAGGAGGGAUCUGUUGGUGAGGAAAAAGAAAAGGCAUAGCUUGCUUUACAGAUUCCCAGAUCGGUAUGGCUUGGAUUCUUUUAAAAGAUGUCCAUCUAUGAGUCCUGGGUCCCUUCCUGUGCUGAGUCAGAAAGCUGACUCUGAGGACGUGUUUGGAUGCCACGUUUCAGUGAGUUCAGUAACACUUUGGUCAUAAACUGGUUCUCAUUCUAUAUUAGUUACUGAAAUUUAGUUCUGUUAUGAUUUAGGCAACAAAAUGUUAAAGUUACUGCAAUCAGACUCAGGGUCUAUGGCUCUCUUUAGUGUGAUCUGGACCGUGGCUGUGGCGGUUAAAUGGUUCCUCUGUUCUGAGAUCCAAAGAAGGAAAGAGCAACGCAAAGCCUCUUAAGCAAGCUUAAGUAGUGAUGCUUGCCUUUAAUCCCAGCGCUUAAUCCCAAUCCCUGAGUCUGAGUCCAGCCCAGGCCACACAGUGAGUUCGGCCAGAGCUAUGUUGUGUCUUGAAACAAACAAAACAAAACGAGAAAUCGAAACUUCCUGAGCUCUGCAUUGCCUGACCCAGUGGGGCCACUUGGUUUCAGGUACAUCCAAAAGGAUGCAUUCAGCCAAAAGGGCCAUUUGGCAGCGUUUGCGUUGUAUGGCUAAACGUAGAUUUGCUCUCCGGCACCCUCUAUCUGGGGCAUGGUAAACACAUAUCUGUAAGUCUAGGCAGGGAGGCAGCAGCACAAAAAGUUCAAGCUCAUUCUCCACUACAUAUACAGGCCAAGGUCAGCCUGAGACCCAUGAAAGUCUGUCUUAAAAAUGGCCCAGAAAUCCCAGGCUGGGGGAUUCUCAUAGACACUGUGGUAGAAGAGGCCAGGAAAAUGCCACUCCCUCUCCAACUCGGGGGUGAAAAAGCACUGUUGCGCUGUGUUUCACGAACCUCAGCCCUGGGCACCAGACAAAGAAAGCCAAUGUGCUGAAGGCCGCUUUGAUCCAGCGGAGCUUGUCACAGUCAGAAAUGGAGAAGGCAGCAGAGAACCGGAAGAGUCACUCCUCCAGAGUUAGAAAGAGAGCAAGGCAAUUUCUAAAGGGGAGAAAAGGCUACGGGAACUGUAAGUAAAGCUGCCCUUUAAUUAAGCACAUUGUGGUAUGUUAUCUCCUGCUUUUCAGCUAUAUUUCUGUCCCAAGCAUAAAAAUAUCAUAAGGCCCUGAUCGCAGUAUUAAGAAGUUAAAAAUAAAAUAAAUAGCAAAAAGAACUCACCUUGCAAACCGGCAGCUUAGAAAACAAGCAUCAGUCUCCAUUCCAUUCUCUUUAAAAUGUGCUAAUACAGAUUAACUCAUAGGCACAGAUGUAAAGGUGUGAUAAAAUAAAAUAUAUAACUUUUCAGUGCAAUAUUUGCCAUUGUAUAAAUGUCCAUGACCUCUAGAGCUAAUGGCUACCGAGGUCUAAAAUUCAACUAAAAAGAAUGUUUGCUCUUUAGUCUCCUAAUGCCUGAGUGGUACAGGAAGAAAUAGGAGUCAAUGGUAUUUAUGACAUCUUAGUAACCAUUCUAUUGACCUCUCCUAGUGAGGGGAAAUAAAACCAACCCUGGCUGAGUGCAUUGCUACUUGCCAUUCACAGGAAUAGACUGAUAACAUGUCAAAUAGAAUUGGAGGAGAAUAUAUAUAUAGGUUAACUUACAGACAAGUAAAAUCUCGAGGUCAUAAUAUUUGGACAAAAGGUUGGUUGAUUUCAAAUAUAUAAUAGGUAUGAUUUUCAAAGCAAUUAAAUAUUUCUGGAAUCUUAAAGUAUAACUUGAUGUUUUAUCAGAAGAAUGUUAGAAGCUAAGACAUAUGUUGUGUUGCUUUAAUUUAAUUCAUAGAACAAAGAGGUGUCCAGCAUUUUCUAUGGGCCAAAGAUCAAUGCUAUUUUGCCAUGGGACAAAACAUGUCACUCACUCCAAAUGUCGCCUGAAUGCUUGUUUGCUGAUCUAUUGUUUGUUCGGUGUGGUCAUUGUAAAAUGAAAGUGUGGGUCUUUAAAAAGAUGUUGAGGAAGCCCUUAUGCUGCACACUGGUGGGCCUGAGAGCGGAGUCAUCUUUCCAAGCUCUAAGAGCCUUGUGAAUGGGAAAAGUCAAAUGCGCACCAAGCACGAAGAAGAGUGAACUUGAUUCCAACAUAAAGAGAGAAACUGGGGCCUGGCCGUCGAAGACAUGACCUGUGAGCCAGCAGUUUGGAAAGCUCGUGAGAAUGUUCUAGAAUCAGAUUGUAGCCUCACCCCACACCUUGUGAAUCAAAGUCUCUGGGUCAACCAGACCUCCAGGUGACCUGUAUGCACGUAACAAUUGCACAAGCACCGAGCUGAGGAUGAUGUCAUGUGAUGGUGACUGUCUCCCCUUCCUCUUCUUGGACCACUCUAAGGCAAGUGGUCUGCUCUGCUCUCACCGUCAGCACUGCCAGUGAAAAUAGAGGGCCCCCAGGAUGGGAAGUCAGUAAGAACAGCUGACCGAGAAAGGAAGUUUCUAACGAGGAAGGUUUGGUCUGCUUUUGUAGCCCCUGGAGGAGGACUAGCACUCUACAGAAGCUGUUAAUGAAGGGCUGGAUUUGAGGGCAGUGAUCAGUGCCAAACUCCAAAUGUGUUGUUACUCUGAACUUCCCCUCCAGAUGCCUUGUACUGCGGGGUUUCCAGCGGGUAAGAUCCACUUGCAAAUGGCUGGUUACAUAAAUAUACUCGAAGUGUGUCCACGGUAACCUUAUUUUCAACUUCUUUUCGACAUUUCAUUAACUUCCCCUGGGCGGAAAUCAUUUGGCAGCAAUUGGAAAUGUCUAGCUGACCUUGAUAGAUAGAUUUUUAGCAGUAACUGCUCUGUUUAUCAGUUCUCACAGGUAACUAUGGCAACUUUCCAUCUCAGCUAUGAACAUGCAAUGCAAACCCCCAAAGGAAAACAACACCUAUCAGAACCCUUUCAUAAGGAGCCCAACAUCACUGUGCGAUUCCACCUAGAGAAGCCUUUCUGUUUACAGGGCAUUCACUGAAAUGGCACCUCAAGGGAAACCUAUGGCCUUACCAACAGGCUGACCUGAUAGCAUGAUUUUCUGAGUAGUAUUCAAAAAGAAAACAACAACAACAACAACAACAACAACAACAACAACAAAGAAAGAAACCUCACCUCUCCACUUUAAACAGAUAAAGAGAAAUCACCAAAAAUUAGACAUAUUUGCCUACUGAAACUUUGUACCUGUCAGGGCUAACUUCAUAGAAUAGUUAACAAGCAGUGCUUCUAACUCCCUACUUUGUAGAUGGGAACACACAGCUGUCAAGACACCAGGCACUGUAUGACGGCCUGUAUGUACAUCAAGCCUGCUGUGACCAAUGGGCUGCACUGCCCCACCCUCUUUCUCCAUCCACCCCCUGCUAGAGUGGGAAGCCCUUGUCCUCAUCCACCCUUGUUGAGCUCAGUUGCUUCUCAGCAGCUCCCAGCUUCCACAAAAUGUCUCUAUGGCAUCUGGGUCUGGUCACCUCUCUGCCAACCUCAUCAUGUGGUGUCAGAACCAUUCACCCUAAGAUCCAUGUCCCUGACCCUCCUUUGUGAGUUUGCUGGUGUCCAUCCUGCACCAUGAUCCACCACUCAUCUCAUCUCCCAUAUCGGAAUCCUUCAGGCUCCACCGCGAUGGCGUCUUUCCUGGGAGGUUCUUCCUAAUCAGCAGGCUCAGCUGCUUCCCCAAGCAUUGAGGGUAACAGCUAAUUACACACUGAACUGGACCACAGUGAGACUCUCAGCUCUUAAGGGGAGGGACUGUGUCUGCGCUCAGUCUUCCCCCUCCAUCCUUAGAACCUUGCCCGUGAGACAGGCUCUGUGGUACUGAAUGUAUGUAUGUAUGUAUGUAUGUAUGUAUGUAUGUAUGUAUGUAUGUAUAAUGUGUGUCUAGCCCAUCUGAGAUACUUGUCCUCUUAUCUCCAAGGUCUGACUCAAGCAGAAUAUUCUGCCUGAAGCCAUCUUUAAUUUUCAUUCUAAAACAAAAUCCCAGGGCUAGAGAGAUGGUCCAGUGGGUAAGUGUGCACUGCCCACACUAAAUGGAUUGUACCCACUCAGGGUACAAUUGGGUGACUCCAGCUCCAGGGGACCCAGCGCCCUCUUCUGGCAUUUAUGGACCACUGCACCUAUAUGCACACUCACAGAAACAUAUACUCAUAAACAAAACCUUUAAAGUCUUUUUAAAAAAUCAUCAUCUGACCCCUGGUAGAGUGCAGUUUCUUUCCUCAGCGUGCAAAGAACAUUGGUUCCAGACCUUCCCUCCCAAGGCAAGCACCAACCUCCAGAGGUGCUCAAAUUCCCUAGAUGAAAGGGGCAUGACAUUUGCAUAUCACUUCUACAUAACCUAUGCAAUCCUCUGUACAGUUUGCCAUCUUCAGAUUGCUUAUAUGUACUUCACGGCUAACACUAUAUCAAUCAUAAGCCAUACUGGCUAGGAAGUAAUGACAAAGGAAUAUAUACCUGCUUAAUACUGAUGUAAAGUCUUUCGAGUGUUUUCUUUUUUUAAUUUUUUUCUUCAUUUAUGAUUUAUUAUUUUUUAAUGUUUAUGCGUCUGGGGCUUUGGCGUCAUAUGUGUCAGUGGUCCUCAUAUUUUCAGUGUCCACAGAGACCAGAAGAGGGUGUUAGUUCCCCUGGAACUAGAGUUAUAGUUGUGAGCACCCAUGUGAACAUGGGUGCUGGAAUUUGAACCUGGAUCCUCUGGGAAAUCACUGUUCUUAACCACUGAGCCAUCUCUCCAGCCUCUAAAGCUUUUCAAUUACUUUCUUUUGGGAUAUUGGUGAGAUAGGGUCUCCCUGUGUAGCCUUGGCUAACCUGGAACUAGCUCUGUAGGACAAGCUGGCCUCAGACUCACAGAUGUGCGUGCCUCUGCCUCCCACCAGAAGCCUCACCUUUGGAAGGCUGACUCUGCUUGCUUACUGUUCCCUCAGCUGCUGUGAUUUUCAUCUUUUUUAUUCUUGAGACAGAGUCUCAAUGUGUAGUCCAGGCUAUGUGGGUCCUCACUCAUCAAAUAGCCCUGCUGCAUUAAAUUUACAGUAAUCCUCCUGUCUCAGCCUCUCAAGAGGGUCGUGAACAACCAUGCUUGUCUCAGUUUAUCUUUGCAACUGGACUGUACAUCCCUAGAGCACAGAGACAGCCCUUAGGUGUCUUCCAGCUCCCAACAGAAACCCCUGAACACUGCAGAUGCUCAUUCCCCAUAGACACUGCUAGUCCCCCAAAGGCACAGCUCUGGAGUCAGCAUGGCAGCAGAAGGAUGGCUCCUCCUGCUUCCCAGCGGGAGCCUAGAAUCCGCAUUCCCACUGGGUGAUGAGAUUGGAAAUUCCUGUACACUUCGCAAAUGAAAGGGGACUACACACAGACUACACAAAGUAUUCUUACUCUAAGUCUGCCUUCAGGGAAGUCACAACCAUGACCUAAGCCCUUUGAUCUCAACCUUUCUUUAAGGUGUCCCUUAAAGAAGCCGUGGACUCAUUAUUUUCUUCUUUGGUCUCAAGGCUAGACUCAUUUUAUUUCUGGGUCUAAUAUGAUACAAGAACCCAUUCUGAACUAUGUACAGGCAAAGAUGACUGAGGGUCCCACUGUAUCUCUCUCUCUCUCUCUCUCUCUCUCUCUCUCUCUCUCUCUCUCUCUGGAGGACCUUUACACACUGCCUCAAAUGUCACCAUUAGUAACAUGCCAAGAGCUGCUGGGGGUCGUAAAUAAUGCAAACUGCUCCUGCCAUAGAGAGCAGGCAGAAACUAUCCAUCUACUUAGAUUUCUUUAACAUGAAUGAUAACCCAGCACAGGGUCCUGAGACCUUGCCUUCCAUCUUCCAACCUGCAGACAUGACCUGGAAAGGGAAUACAUUGGUCUAGUUAUGGUCAGAGCCUUUCCCCAGUCACAGCCACCUAGUUCUCAUCUGUCCCAUGUCCCUUGCCCUACCAAUGCCCAAGAGGCAAAUUUGGAGAUGUAGGGUGAUUUUUCACACAGGCUCUCCAUAGUGUAGCUGAGACCAUGUCAUAGAUGAGGGGCUUUUGCUCGAAUACCCAUGAAGUUUGUCUGGACCUAUCCCUCCUCCUCUCUGGUUAGUUGCUUUCUUCACUGUAUGCCUAGAAAUCAGUAGGAACAGUGACUUUUUAGGGUUAUUUAAGGACAAGUCGUUAUCCUCCUUCAGAAAAGCUACUGAGGCCAUCUCUUCCUUAAUCAUUGCUUAAUGGCCUCAAGCAGAAGGCUUUAUCAAGAGGCACUGAUAAAUUAAGGAGAAUGGACCCAUGCGACAGGGAGUUCAGGGCCCAAUAAAGGGAUGGGACCCGGCAAAUAUCAGCAUCACCUGUUCUCCCGAGAACUGGAAGAGGGAAAGGAGCCAUAGAGGAGGAAAGGAACCCAAAAUGGAGUUUCUGAGGAAGCUGCCUACAGACUUGAUACUUUAAUGACGCCUAUGAAACAUGGGGGAUUCUGCAUGAGAUUCCUGGCACCACAUGAUUCUCUUUGAUCUGUGACCUUUCAUUCCCUCUUCCUUCCACUAGUGUGUGCACACGGAUGUGCACUCUCCCUCCCCCUCCCCCUUCUCUUUCCUCCCCUCUUGCCGAAUGUGUACAACAAUCACAAUGAUAAGGAGAAGGCAAUGGAGUCCUCUUGAGUUUUGCCCCAAGGCCUAUCUCAGUAAACAUUUAAAAGAGCUCAAACAUAUUUGCUCAGUAAAGUAUGUGUUACUGUCAACACUCUAGGGAGGAGCAACCUGGAGUUGACUCCCUGAGAGACAAAGUCAAGAUUGGACGUUCUUUCCACUCUUCUGGGGAUGGUUCUUGUGUGUGAGGCCCACUAUGGCAUAAUUACUGGUUUAUAGAGUCCUCCUUCCAACCAAGGACAGACAUGGCCUAUCUCCCCACCCUAACUCAGUGUCCAACACAGAAAUGCCGGGAUUCAGGGACAGGAAAGGAGGGUUGCCUGCAUCUUAGUAGGGAGGGAAUCAGCGGCCCAUAGGAUUACAACAGUCAUGUCUGGAUUGUGACAGUUGAUGACGUUACUCCUAUCCCGUGUUUACCUGUGAAGCAUGUGGUAUCCUCCCUCCCUUUCUCAGAGUAGCACACUGUUCCUCAGCCCAAAUCAGGGCUGCUCAUUAGGGUCACUGUGACUCUUCCUUAUCUGCCCUUUUCCACUGAGUGAUUCUGGAGAAAAUCACAGCCACUCUUAUAGGCCUUACUGUGAACCAAGCUCUAAAAUUGACACGAUAUUAGAAUUCAGUCUUCCCUCCUCAGGAUGGAAGCCAUGAGCACAUAUGGAGGGAUCACACAUGGCCACAGAACCAGGGUGACGUGGACUAUUGAGAAUGUCCCAGCCAAGGGGUAAAUUCUGCUCCUGGUUCAUAGAACAUCACUGAACUCUUAGUAGACACCAGGACAUGAGGGAACAUCCAGACUCAGAGGUUGUCAAUCAUGUGCAGAUGCUGGCAGACAUGUGGUUACUAGGAAAAGACUUUCAGUGUCUCUUGAGCAUGUAUACCACUCACAUAAAUUCUCUUAUUGCCUUCGGAAAAUACCGUUGUCCCUACUUUGUGGGGUGGACAGCUACUGGCACUGGUAUAGUGAAGCAAGAACCCAGAAAGGGUUUACUUCCAGCCAUGAGGUCAUUAAGAGAUCAUGAGAGUCAGAAAUGGGCAUCUAUCUCACCAUCUUGGAUAUCAAAAUCUUCCUUGAUUGUCCUUGUGCACAAGCGUGUCCAAGAAUAGAAGGCAAGGCCGUUAGCAGUGAGUGAUUUAGACAGGAUGAACUCAGCUCCCUGUGGGUCAGCUCAGGUCUCUGAGUGGCCUCCUUCAGAAGUUCUCAAGCAUCACACCCAUUAGGCAAGUGAGUGGCCAUAGGACCAACUGUGCCAGCACGAUGCCAUGGGGGAUAUCACUAUGCAUAAUGCAGACCUGGAGGUCUGGUUUCCCUGCCCUGGCUGAGAUCUCAGCUCACAUUUCACUGAGUAUGACACUGGGCACACAGAGAAUAGGAGAACUGAUCCUUUCCUUCUGGCCAGAACCUGUGAGUGCUUUCCCUCAUUGCUGCACAGAAUCCCAAUUCACUGCUUUGGAGUUUGCAGGAUCCUUUGUGAGAGGUGGAGCCUACAGAUACGAUGGUUUACUGUAGCCUAGGAGAUCGAGUUCUUAGGACUGAAUGCUUACACUUUCUUUAGAAACAAAACAAAAAACAAAGUUGUCGAUUCCCCAAAUCCACAUUUCACCUACCUCCUUUCUUAGACAACUCUCUUCCUUGCCUCCUUUUCUCCUCUUGCUUUCAGAUCUACUUCUCAAAAAAACGAGGAGAGUUAAGCAUUGCCUGCUGAGCCACCAAGAGAACAGGAAGGGCACAAACCUGUAGAUUAUCUUUCCAUAGACUAUCUUCCAUUUUAGUAAAGACAUCUUAACAUUCAGAGAAAUGUGGGAGUCAGGAGGCCAAAGCAAGGCUGUCUGUAGAAACAGAGUGCUGGUCCAAGCAGCAACCAGGGCAGGAUUCUCACCUCACAGGCCACUUUUAAGUCAGUCAAAUACUCUGCAGACCUGAAUAUGAACUGAGGACAAAAUGAAGGGCACCUCAGUCUCCCUCCUUUCUUCAGCAGUCUCUUCUGAAGAAUACCUCGGUGUGUAGAGUGGAGGCCACCAGUCAUGAUUAUACACUGGAUGAGGACACUGUGACUAACAAGAGACUGUGAGAAGCUGAGAUUUAAACUGGAAGUGAGACAAUAAGGCAGUGCUUCCUUGGAACAUACUCACUGUCAUUUUGGUCCAACAACACAUGUGCAUAUGUGCCUGUUAAAUACUUUUACCUUUAGCCAGCGACAGACUCCGGACUAACCCACGGCUUUUCUUCCCAUUAGUGAAGGAAGCUUGUUUGGUGGCUUGCCUUGUAGCAGAGAGCUCAUAAUUGUUGGCCUGUUGAACAUUUCCCAUGUGUCGUCAGAAACAAACCACACGUAUGCCGACAGCCGUGGAAGGCUGCUCAUUUCUCACAAAGAUCUGAGACCACUGAAGCUGGCUCCAUGCUCAGUGGACAUGACCUUCUUAUCUGGGAGUGAUUUGGGAAGACGUGCUCUCCCAGGGCCUCACAGAAGACUUGGGAUCUCUACAGAGCUAGUGUAGGGAACCUGUGCCUGGCUCCAUCUUUCCCUUAUAGAUUGGCCUGAGCUCUAGAGUGGCACCCACGCUCUCCUUCCCACUUCCCUAACUCAGGUUGCUCAUUAGUUAUGAAUGCGGGCCCCUCCCAGCUAACAUCCGUCCCCUCAUCCUCCCAUCCUAUGGAUUCUAAAUCAUAGCACCAGCCCUAAAAUUACUGAGGAGCCAGAAAGCUCUCCCUGGAGCAAUUCAGAGGCAAGAAGUAAGUCAACAUGAGUGCUUUGUAGUUUGUUUCCCUGUUGGUCUCUGAGGAUCCUGAUCCUCUAGGUCAGUGAUUUCCAAACCUCACAGAUCAUUGUCACCCAGGGACACUUUAAAUAUCUGUGUUCUGUGUCCCCACUUGGCUGGCAUUCUAAUUCUGAGGGUUACAAGAAAGCAGGGAGUGAGGACAAAGAAGGAAAGGAAUGGUGCCGAGAACUGCUCACUCGGGCAUCUUGCUUCACGGCUCUCCACCAACGUGAUUUAUUUUUUAUUAUUCAUUACAAAGAGUUAAUGAUAUAAUUAUCCAAGAGCAAUUAGAUGCAGGGAGGAAACAAAGUGCUUAAGGGACUGGGGGCCAGGCUUGUUGAAAAGGAGAACAGAGAGGCCAGACAGCUUCAUGGUGGAUUCUGUAAGGGACCUGAGCUUCCAGCUUCUCGGGAAAAUGGAGGAGAAGGAUCUUUGCGUCAGGGAGGGUGCUGUCCUUUUCCUCUCCAUCCUACCUCCCGUCUUUAGUAUCUUCAUGGACACCGACCACCAUUUUGGUCUCUGGUUUCCCUCAGCUGCAGUGUAGUCACAGCAGAAGGUGUGAGUCUUUGGGGAAAUGGGACCACUUUCUGUUCACCAGGCAGUGUUAUAGGCAGUAGGGACUCCAUGGUAAGUGCAUUCAGGGCCUACGUCUUCUGAAGGAACUUGUAUUCCAAUGGAAAUAGAUGCAACUAAUAGAUAAAUAAAGUCGUUACAGCUUAUAGCGAAUUUGAAGGGCACACACAAAGUCCCGUAAGAGAGACAAGUGUGUGUUAGGAGAAAAGUCAAUUGCCAGAAAGAACCAGCUGAGCUAGGUGUGCUGGCAGAUACCUGUAAUCCUGGCACUGUAGAGCUCCUGAGGCAUUGUGAAGUCAAGACAAACCUAUUGCAUAGUGGAACCCAUCACAACCGAUUAAUUACACAAGAGAGAUAAGAAAAAGCCACCCGCUGAGUGGCCCGCUGUACCUGGUAGCUUACAUAACUGGUUGAUGUGCGAAUUUCAAAGAAGCGAUUAACUCGGAACUGUGUAAUAGAGCUACAGACAGUGUGUUGGCAGCCCAUGUUCUGUCUGGUGCAUUUAGAAGGGCGUCUGUUCCCAGGUUUUUUCCUGCUCUCACAGGCCUUUCUGGGCUUACAUCCCUGCCAUCCUCAGAAUCAGCCCAGCUCUCUGCCUCCUAUGCAUCCCAUUCUCACUCCUGGGGACUUUGUGACUGCAUCAGUUCUACUCAGAGAAAGCAGGAAAACCACCUCCCUUCAGGAGCCUUAUGGAAGCCACACCCUCAGCCUCCACCUCCAGUUAAGGCCUCUUAUUCACCACGCCCAGCCUAAGAAGUCCCCACAGCUCAGGAUAGUUCUAAGAAUCAGUCUGGUAACAUUAAGGUUUAAAAGCCAGUAGCGGGGGUGGAGGAUGAUUCAGCAGUUAAAGGCAUGUUCUGCUCUUGGAGGGGGCCCAAGCUCAGUCCACAGCACCCAUUGCAGGCAACUCAAGCUUCCUGUAACUCCACGCCAGGGGAUUUGAAGUCAUCUUCUGGCCUCCUCAGCCACCUGUAUUCCUGUGCACAUACCUCCACAGAGAAAAACACAAAUACACACAACUUAAAAUUAAUGUUUUAAAACGUAGAGUGAUGAUGACCUUUGGAUCUGGAGAAACCACUGGAGAAGAGAGGACACAGUGUUCCACCUAGAGGGGCAAACCAGAAAGUCUACUCCUUGGCUCCGACUGGCCAUCUGGAAAAAGGGCAAGAAUGUAUCAAACGAACUUGUCCUGGAGCAGGAGUACUUGAGAGGAAGGACGUUUGACUGUAUCACCCUUACAUUGUCCUUUCAGACACAAUAGACAAGGUCCCUUCAUUGCUCAUUGUGAGCCCAUCCCUCUGCACCAUUUUCUUUCUAGCCUUUGUGCCUUCCCCAGCACAACAGACCUUUCUUAAGGAGUUAAUCCACAUACUAGGCAGUGUGCUAGCCUCAUGACUCUUAAGCUAGAGAAGUCAACCUUAACCCCCCCGGAAGCACAUAGUUUAGUGUGCUUUCCUAGAACCCUUAUUAUUCAAAACCUUGUCCGUCAUCCCACGGUGGCUGCUCACCUCCUGCAUUCGAGGAUCCUCUGUAACUCAACUCUACUUACACAGUCUGUCUCACAACAUAGAUUUCACAGUUGUUGGGUGAGUUACACAUAAUGGCAGUUCUUAGUCAUCAAUGUUAAUUCUUGGCAUAGUGAGAGUAGUGUAGAAGUCUCUGGUAUGAAUUUUAGAAGACAGUGGGAGUCUCUCUGGGAUGGAUGGACUGGCAAAAGGUGACAUCCUAGGCUAACCUCCUUAGGUCUUGUCCAGACUCAUUAUAACUUUUGUUAUUCAUCAAUCACAGAGUUUACUCGCUGUUGGUGAAAGGUAAUUUUGGCAACAGGAUGUAGUUGGAUUCUGGAAGCUUUCAGACCACUUAAUUUCUAAGAGUCUUAGCUUCUCGAAGAGAAGGGUGACGUGAUGUCAAGGCGGCGAGGAGACAGACGUUCCACUGUUCUUCACGAGCUUUGUUUACGUGCACUCCUCCGCUCUCGUCCCUCGCUCAGGUGCCUGCUGAAGAUGCGCCAAUGCUAGAGCAUGCUCUGGGGCGUCAGUAAGUCCAUGGCCAGGCAGUGAAGUCAGGGAACUUGCAGAACUAGCCUUGAAUCCACACCUCACCGAUGUUUAUUUUUUUCUUUUCUUUUAUUCCUCAUUUUCUCUGAAUUCUCUUCCCUCUAGAAUGCCCUGCUCUCACAUCUGCUCUUACUUCAAGCUUAUCCUACAUUGUCUGUGAGCUAUCGUAUGUGUGAAGGUUAGGCCUUACCCUUUGCAGCCAAUGCAAUCUGUUCAGAUACCUUGAUGAAUGGCUAUCAGUUCAGCUCACCAUACAUUGUUAUUACUUACAAACUACUUGCUGACAGCUUUGCCUUUGUUCUUCUAAAAACAGUUCAUUAGUCCUCCCCUGUUUAUUUCUCUGUGUUUCUCUUAUACAAUACCACAGCACGCUGUACUUAGUAGGCCCUUGACGCAGCCAUUGUUGAGUGGCUAACACUGAUAAGCUGAGUCUGAAAGCCUCUUCUCCUUUCCAUAAACCUAGGGAUCAGUACCACACCCUACCAAGCAGAAUGCAUUCAAACUAAAGGAGUCAGUCACUGGGUGAAAGCAAUUUGGAAACCCAUUUUAUUUUUUCCACCUUCUUCCUCCCAAUCCUACAGAUUCUGAGGGUUCAGCACCGUAUGUCCCCAUGGCUGAACACCAGAAGGCUUAGCAGCUGAGCACAAAACCUGUCUCCAAAUUGCACACACAAGCCAGGACCUCCUACUUGCUAUGCUGUUAGGGCAGCAUGGAACACAGGAAAGGUACACUAUGCUGUGGGCUGGCUGGCAGGGUCCUGCUCCAGUUUAAGGGAGGCUAAAUGAAUAAGAAUUGUGUUUUACAGUGUGGCUCUUCCCCAAGAGUGCCUGCCGUCUCUGGCUUUUCAUCCCCGUAGGGUGGCAUAUGCUGUAUCUCGAGUACCUGUCAGAAACCUACCCAGUCAAAAGAGAUACAUUCACAGAGAGAGAAUCUGACCAGGAAUAAAAAGCAUGUAGAAUACAGAUGUCCUCAAGCGCUCUCACAGCAGCAUACGGAGAGACAAAACGUACAAUCGGCCUCCAGCAAGAAAAGCAAGUAGUCUGUUCUGCCUCCCCAGGCCCCAAGCCCCCAAAGCCCGACAAACUUGUAGCUGCCCUUUCUGCAGACUGGCACCUGUCCCCAAACCCCAGCCUCCAGGAAGGUUUUUCUGACCACCCCACUAAAUCUUGCUCCUUAAUGCACUGUGCAUUUUCCCCAAGAACCAAUCACUUCUAGACAUGUUUAUAGUCACCCAUUGUCAUCCUGUCCUAGUCCAUGCCAGUGACUCCGUAGAUGCCAUGAGUGUGCCUUGCAGUUUAUGAGAACAAAAUCUUCUCUAUAUAGGAUAGUCUGACACAUAGUUGCUAGUGCCUAUAGGUUGCUUGUGUGGGCCAGGUUUCACCAGGGUAAUAUGUGACGCACGCAUUGCCCAUCUACUUUGUUUAAUUUCUGGUCCAUGCUUGUUUGGAGGAUGCCUGUGGUUAAGCAAAUGUCCCCACUUCAACCUUAUCGACCCCCUGAGUAAAAUGUUUAGUUCUGACCUACCUGUGAGCCCAUGGACCCCAGUCAGAACGUCAUAGAACACCUGGAUUUCCCAUAAUACAUCUGCUUCUGCUACACUUUGGAUCCUAAUAGCUAUGGCUUUUGUGCCACCUCCUGUCGCAUGCCUGCUCCACCCCCCUCCCAUUUGCUGCUUUGCCAUUUUAAGAUCAGACUCACUGGCUCUGUAUUGUCCUGAAGGUGUGCUUCAGCCUUGUCAAGCUAGCUGGGGGAUGAACCUAGCCCUGCAUAUCUUGACAAGGACACUGAAUGGGACCCCCCAUAUCUGCCACUGAGCUGUUCCUCACCCCCAGCACUAUCCAGUAAAGACAAGAGGAAACAGUCAAAACUCCAGUAUUCUCAAUUCCUUUUCAUGGUGGGAGCCUUUCUGAUUAGUGAAACUCUAGAUGUUACCUCUUGAUUUCUAAGAAUAUCUGGGGGCUUUCCCCAUAAGCUCCCACUCGUCCCCGAGGAGAUGUAGGCAGUGGGUGCUUGCUGUGUGAACCAAGAUCAUGUUCUUUAGUGGCGUAGCCACUGGUGAGAUGACCUUGCCCAACUGAACAAUCCUACCACCCACGCUCACGCAGGCAAUCCUAGGAACUGUAGUGGGCCACACUAAACAGAUAGGAAAGGCAUAGAGAGCACGGACAUUGUUGGGAAGAAGGGGAGGGGGAGGAGGAGGGGCUAGAAGAUAAGAGAUUAUGAUCCAAGUGUAUUAUAUGUGUGAGACCAAAUUCUGAAAGAAUAAAUAUUUAAAAAUACUCAGGGCUUGUACAUCAACACAGGCAACUGUAGACGUCAUCUGUAACGUAAGGACCUGUGAGUGCUCGAGGUGAUAAGCCAAGAAGGCCAAGGCACAGAGAGCUGGAAUCAUGGCUUCAAAAGCAUAUGGGUUGAUGGGAGUGUCAGGUGUGGGCGGGGAGAGGAGGAGGGUGAGGGAAUGAUGAGAAUGAAAGAUGACUCCAGAUGCCAGUAGUUAAAAAUCUGAGUCCUCACCAAGACUGGCAAAUAGUCUCCCUCUGGAAAAUCAUUUGCCCCAGAGCAAAGUCUGAACAGAGAGUGAUCUGCUUCAGUACUCCCUCUCUCUAUUUCAUUUAGUUUUUUUCGAACAUUACAACGCUUGAAAUGGUCUGUCAACUUCUUAGAUUUGUUAAUUCAGUGUGAGGCCAGCCUGGUCUACACAGCAAGUUCCAAGGCUAGCCUGGUCUAUACAGGAAGGUCCAGGACAACCAGAACUUCAUAGAGAGAAACUGUCACAAAACCCAAACCCCAAAAAGAAAAGAACGAAAACAGGAUUUGUUAAUGUUUGUUUUAUACAUGAGAGGGUUGCUUACAUGUAUGUAGGUGCACUGUGUGUUUGCCUAGUACCUGUGGAAACCAGAGAAGUGUGAACCACCAUGUGUGAGUCUGGGAACUGAACUCAGAGCCUCUGCAGAAGCAAUCAGAGCUCUUGACCAUUAAGCCAUCUCUUCAGCCUGUGAUCAAUUCUUUUUUAAUUUUAAUUUUAAUUUUAAUUUUAGGCUGAGUGGCUCAAUCUACAAUGACAUUCUAGCUUUGCAGCAAAGCCACGUCAGAAAAGCUGGUGGGAGACUGAAAUAAGAGUUCAGUUGAAGGGGAAGAAUUGCCUCAGAAUUGGGGUUUUAGUUUUACAUGAAAGAAUGAGAGGCUCACAGUUAACAAGCUGAUAUGUCUUCCUAAGGGCUUAAGUAGUCAAGGAAAGUGUUUUAGAGUACAGGCCUGAAGUAACUAAUGCUCUAAAGUCAAGCGAUGCAGGUGGUGGCACUCUCGUCAUGUAGGCUUUGCUUUGCACAGCGUGUCAAGCAUGAGACCCUGGCUUGUCAGGAAGAGAGGGGAGGAAGCGUAUGGCUUAUAUGGCUUUUUUUCUUUUAAGGAACUUCCGUUGUACUCUGCUGCCUGGCCCCCACCCCACAUGUCCCCUUCAUUUUCUAGAAACGCCAUGGUUCAGUUUGCACUGUGGAACGGCAAGGAAGACCUAGACUAUUCAUAAAAGAAGAGCACAGAUACUAUGCAUUUUUGGGCACUGCUGUCUGAUUUUCCAUGAUUCAAACAGAAUGUGCCCACAGUGCAGAGCACAGAGUUUUCCCUCAGCUGUCAGACCCACAGAGGAACACAACAGCCUUCUCCACAGCAGCCGGCUCACUGGCUCUGACACGUUUGCGCUCGGCUCUCUUAGUUUUUGGUCAGAGAACACGUCCCAUUAGGCCCAGGAUGCUCCUUAGGUUACCAAAAUCAAUGAGUUGGACCAAAUUUGGGGAUGUACAACAGGUUAUCCUCUAAGUCUGCUAAGAUUACGGGAGGAAGGGUUGAGGAGAGCACACGCACGUGAGGCGUGUGAUAAUGGUGGGAGGGGGAGGCAGCGAAGUGAGGGUCAGGAGCUCCCUGUAAGAGACGGCCAGAAGGGUGUUUUGGCUUCCUCCUUCAGUUCUAGGGUAUCACAUUGUAUCUCCUUCACUCCCCAGGAUAAUGUUAAGGGUCAGUUUGACAGACUGCAGACAGACCUCUGAGCAUGCUUGUGCGGCAUUUUUCCUAUUGACAUUUGAGGGAAAACAAGAACACGAGUGACACACUCAGCUCUUUGGUCCAGCUGCUUCUAGCAAAGCCGGGCAGUAGACAGACUCCAGAGCCCAAGACCAGAGAGGUCAAGGCCACUUCCUGAAGAUGGCAAACUCUGGUCCACAUAGUGGUCCCUGUAACUGAGUUCUAAUCAGAAGCCUGAUCUUCAGGCCCACAUCUAGAAACACCAGGGUCCUGUUUCCUCCUUACUGUUCAUUUUAGGUUAGGGUAAGCCCCAGGACUAUAUACCCACAUGGCUUCUGUGCUGGUUAUUUGUACAUGUCAACUUGCUGUACCCUGGAAUCAUCUGAAAGGAAAACCUCAGUUGAGGAAUUGCCUGGUCGGGUUGCCUGGGGAUAUCUACAGGUGGUUAUCUUGACCAGCCCAGCCCAGUGGUCCCGAACCAUAAGAAAGCUUAGUGCAAGCCAGACAACAAGCCAGGUAGCAGCAGCGGCAUCCGUUGUGGUUCUUGCAACUUUUGGCUGUGCAGUGAAUUCCUUCUGUGGAGGUCAUGGUGUGUGGAAUAGCAAGCAAGCUUGUCUUCCCGCCUUGACUUCCCUCGGUGGGGAACUUCGGCCUGGAAUUAGGGGUUGAGCAAACUCCUUUUCCUGAGUUGUUUCGGGAAAUGGAAGGACAGCUUUCUGCAUGCUUUCCCAUGUUUUAGAAAUCACUUGUUGACACCACUCCUAACCCAAUCUUUUCCAACCCACAGACUGAUGUUUUCCUUUUGCCUUCCAUGUAGCAGAGAGACUUGCUGGUUUCAGAAACCGAAUUUAUAAAUACUCAAGGGAUAGAAUGGCCCUCUGUGAUGGGCCAUUGUUGCUAUAGAAACUUCUUAAGGGGGAAAAAAAGAAAAAAGACCUAAACUUGUGAUGGACGCAUAAGGAAAAUUGUAAGAAGUUAAAUUUUUUUUCUUCCUCAGAGAAAAAUGUGUCCGGAGAGCCUCCUGAAAGAUUUGUAUGAACAAUUUCCAUGCCUUGGCUACUGGGCACAGAGAGCUGGGGGCUCUGAAUUGCAAGAAUAAUGUUUUUCUGUAAAAAUCAAACACAUCUAUUCCUUUUCAAAGCCCUUUCUUUAAUUAUGGAGGAGAUGGCCAGCGUAUGAGGCAGUGUCGUUCUCAAGCACAGAGAGGUUACAUGCAUGCAGCAUCUUGUUUAAAAAAAAAAACUCACAUUCAACAUCUUUUCAUCUGCGCACCAAUGAAAAGGUGCCAUUUCCUCUGCAGAGUUCAGUCUCUGUGACUCAGAACUCGGUGCCUCGAUGUCAGCUUUUUCAGCUGCCACAGCUGGAAAAUUCGGGUGGAUUCCAAACCGUGAUUAGAGAUCAGAGCGCAGUUAAAAGAAGUCAGACAAUGGGGAUGAGGAACGUUCACACACACGUGCACACAGAGAAGCCACAUACAAAGAUAAAUCACGUCUGCCUCUGACCGUAUUGUCGCCUGUCAGAAAGCUAUGAAUUUGCUAGGGAUGGAUAAAGGUCAUUUGGAGGGGAAAAAAGAAAGAAAACACUUCUCUUUCUAUCGCCGAUUGUAGCGAGGGAUACGACACCUGUAGCACUUGCUCUCGUGGGGGAAAUAAUGCUGCUAAAUGACAUUGAAAGUUUAGAAAUAUAAAAAGCCAGAACUGAAUGGAUGUGCACUAGCUGGGUGAAUUCAGAUUAUGGAGAGUGAUCUGAAUUGAUGCAAAGAUAGAUCAAGGGUUGUCAAAUUGUUCCCCAUCUGAUUAUGUUGUCUUUGACUGAGAAAAUGAUAGGUUCUGAUCCAGUGGCACAAAACUGUCAGGUCAAAAGCAAUUCCCAUAUGUGACCUUAAUUUAUCAAAUGAUUGGACCCAAUCCUGGUGCUUCUUGAUACCUUUGGUCUUUAUGAUCAGGUACAAUACUAUUGGAAACAGGUUUUUCUUGUCCCUUGGUUUCUGAAAGAGCUAUGUGCUGUAGAAAUUUCCACAGAAGUCAUCCACGGCAUCCAUUACUCUUUUGAGGCUCCCCUGGGGUGGGUUUUUGUUCCCUAAACAGUAUUUGGCUGUAUACCUUUGCUCAUUUAGGAAUAAAUCCUGACCAAGAACAAUGUCUGAGCUCAGGACCUAUAUCUCUUGGUGUCCAUGUCUCUCAUCGCUUGGCCUCUUGCUUGUUUCUUCUGCUUCAGACGGGUGUUCAAGUCCCUAUUGCUAAUGCCAGCACCCCACCAAUCUACUCCGAACCCAGGCAAGUUUCUUGCCUUCCACUUAGAGUCUGAAGAAAGGCUUACAGCAUCUCAUAUCCCUUACUGUGCCAGAGAAGAGGAGGUAACAGGUGGGAGGAGGGAGCAUAAGAUCAAGGGAUGGAGUUAGGCAGAAUAACAGGAUCGUGGACCUGAACAUUUUAACUGUUUACCUCCAAAUGCCAAGGAGGGUACAAGUCAGAUGAGGAUAUUUUAAAGAGGAGUGACCAGACAGCAUCCUCCCUGUUAGUCCCUCCAGCCGCUCUGCUCUUUCCUGUCAAGCUUUUAGCUUAAGCCCCUAAUCACUACCAAGCGUACACACAUCACACAGGGCUCGGCCUUGCCACAGGUGACAGGGCACUAUUGGAGAGGCUGCUCUCUUUCACCUUGAUGCUUUCAGCUGUUCAUCUCCUCUCUCUGAUUCAACCCCCAUCACUCCUUGAGUCUCUGGUUCACAGCCGCGGGUUCACCCAUCCCUUUGCUGUCCCUGGCUUCACCCCACCCCCUUUGCUCUUCUCCUAUUUGUCCUCUCAGCAGUGGCCACUCCUUCAGUGAGUCUACUCUGUUCAUCAAGAAUCCAGGGCUCUCUCCCGACUAACCAUCCCAAACAUUUAGCCAGCAAAGGGAUACGGCCACUUCCACACCCCACCAGCAUCUCAGACUCAGCAUGCCCGACCUUGAGCUCCUCAUUUGCCUGGCUGCCACCCACUGUAGUCAUGAAACACAAUCCUCUCCCUGCAUUCUUUUCCUCAGUGAAUGAGACCUACUUCUAUCUAGGCACUAAUCCAGAACGUGGAUUUGGGCUUAAUUGAUUCUCUCUCUCUCUCUCUCUCUCUCUCUCUCUCUCUCUCUCUCUGUCCUUCAACACACACACACACACACACACACACACACACACACACACACACACAUCUGACAUAUAAUUAACCACUUCACUAAGUUCCUGGUUGCUGUGUUUAUCCCCAGGGGUAGUACAAUGUUCACUCACAGAAACUUAGCUCAAGACUCAUUCUAACUCUCCCUGAGUGCUGAGACUUCACUGGUCUUUGGGCCUAAACUGUCCCAUCUAUGGCACACAUUAGUCCAUUAGAGCAACUGUCUAAAAAGACAACGUCCACAGCAGAUCAUGUCACUGCCCUGCUGGAAACACUGUGUUCAUGCUUUUCUCACAUGGUCUCUAAGCCCGGAAGCCUUCCUACGUCUUCUUGAGCUCACUCCUCACCAUCAUUCUAGGCCUGGCCUGACUGAGACUUUGUUGUUGUACAAUCCCCGAGGGCCUCCUUGUCGCUGCAGUGUUUCCCUGGAAAUAACCCCGUGUUUGAGGUACAAAUUUCUCCCAAGUGAAUACACUUUGGUAAAGAGCAUGGCUUUUAAAUAUUCAGAAAAAAAAAUCUAUUGCCCAGGCAAUAUUUAUCAAGUUCCCCCGCCACCGUGUGUGUGUGUGUGUGUGUGUCACACUGCACGGCAGAGAGGCAUAUGCAUGUGUGUGCUUGUGCAUGUGGAGGCAAAGGAAAACCUAACGUGCAAUGCCUCAGGUGCAGCUCCAGGGUCUCACUGGUCCGGAGCUCGCUAAUUAGACACGGCUGCUCCACAGACAGAGCUGGCGCUCGUAGCUAGUACCACCGUGCCCAGCUUUUUCACAUAUGUGCUGAGGAUGAAAUUUGGUCCUCAGGCCCACAGACUGAGCUCUUUGCUGACUGAACCAUCUCCCCAGCGACUGCUGAAACUUUUAUUAGGAUCAUAUUUUGUCACAUAUAUAUAACCUUUCUCAAGGUUGCCAAAAGGAACGUAUAACCAUAAUAGUAGCUGGUGCUGCUGGGAGAUUUCUAUGUACCAAAGGCUAUUUAAUAACUUUACAUAUAUUAAUUUAAUUUUGCAUUAAGUUUAUGAUAACUAUGUAGUUAUUUCUCCUUUUUGGAGAUCCUAGGCAUCGACCCUGGGACCUCAAGCACGCUAGUCCAACUUUCUAUCUCUGAGCCACAUCUGUGCGUUUUAAAGAGGAGAAACCAAGGUAGAGAACUGCAAGAAUCCACCACAGGUUAUGCUAUGGAUAAGGGAGCCCCGAUUCACUGAGACAGCCAUCCGUGGAGUACCACUCUACCGGUGCUAUUUGUCCCUCUCCUUCCCUCUGUUUACUCACUCCUCAGAAAGACACUCAGAGGCUGCAUACAGACAAUAGCUGAAUGGUGAAGUUAGGAAAAACCACAGUGUUUGCCCCAGUCUGAUCACAGAACACUUUGAACACCAAACAUGUGAGAGAGUUUUUACACACACACACACACACACACACACACACACACACACACACACCCCAACUGUAUUUCUCUAUUUUUCAUUUCUGUAACAAGACACUCAAGGCUGGGUAAUGUAGAAAGAAAUGGAGUGGCGUAUCCAGCUCACUUUUGGAGGCUGAACAUUCAAGGUGGAGUGGAACUUAGCCAGCAGUAAAAGCUAGGCUUUCUCUCUCCAUCACAACCCCUUCCUAAGAUUACCCAGAAGAACUACCUUAGUUUCUGUCUCAGCAUCCCAUUAUCUCUUCGCACCAGAGCAUUAGCUAACGGAGCAGAGCAAGUUUCCAACCCAAGGAUCCUUAGAUAAACAUGGUACCAACCAAAUCCACCUGGAGCUGACACCAGUCACCACAGGCUAAGCUCUCAGACCCACAAGGCUACCUCUCACCUCAGAUGCCAGUCACAAGACUAAAAUUGUGUGCUAGGUUUUGAGAUGAUCUGACUCUGAACUAGGGUUCUAUUAAUUUACUAGAUAGAGUAGCUCAUUAGAACCCAACAAGCAUAUAUACAAACCUGUUAUAGACGCUGUUAUAGAGGGUGCUGAUACACAAGCCGGAUGGGAGUUCUCGGAGAGAAAGGGAGGGGAAAUUCUAGCCUUCCCUGGCCUUGCCAACCUCUACGGAUUACCCCAGUACUCGCUGACCGAACACUCUCUAGGUCCUGGCUGUCUGGUUCUUAUGAACACUCCAUUAUGAAUAUGGAAUUUAUCAAAUAAUUAGCCACCUGUGUACAUACAAGCCUGCAGCCCUUCUCCUCUUGCUGGAGGCUUGGCAGGGACUAGCUGUAUCUUUAUGGUAUCACACUAUCAUACUUAUGUUUAUUAAUAUUCUAUUAUUUGCCACAGUGUGAACUGUAAAUUUUAUAGACAUUGUCACAGUUGAGUGUCUGUUCAUACAUCUACCGAGUUGAAGUUUUUAUCCUGGUUAUGGAUCAGGCGAACUAAGCAAAAGAGGGAAUAAGCAAACUCCACCGUGUUGCCUCUCCAUUGUCAGUGUUGAGGAGAGAAGAGUAAAGACUUGAAUCCAGUCCCUGAUGCCUUAGCUUGAGCUCUGAACCAGAACAGUAAAUUGCCCCAGGGGCAUCAGAAGACAAAAUGAUACUUUGCUGGGGGACUGAAAAAGACACAAUAGCAAGUGUAACUACAAGAUAUUAAACGCACAAGGGAAGUCAAACAUUGGCAGCGGGACUGAAAAGCAGAAUGCUGGUCAUACACCUGCUCUAGGAGGGAGACAGCUGUGUUUGCAUUCCGUGUGUCAGGUGUGCACACCCACGUGCGCUGCUCCGACACUCUCCACUCUCAGGAUCUCCCAGAUCUCCCGGAUAUCUUCUAUCUCUCUCUCUCUCUAUCUCUCUCUCUCUCUCUCUCUCUCUCUCUCUCUCUCUCUCUCUCUCUCUCUCUCAUCUGGCAGCCAGCAAAUCCCAACAAUAAUCAUCCUGUCUCUGCCCCUUACAGCACUGGGUUUACAGAUGUGCACAGAUGCAUCUGGCUCUCUAAGCUCAGGUCUUCAUGCUUGUGCAAGCUCCCUUCUCCACUGGGCAUCUCCUCGCCCACCAGAGAGCUGUGGGCUGGGGUUGGAUGCUAGCAAACCAAACACAGCAGUCAGGGAGCAGGACUCUGGUUUGAUGAGGGAUCUGGACAGGAGGCAUUUUAUCCUCCGGAAAUGCAGCAAGUGGGUACAAUGUUAAUUACACAGGGAACAGCGGAGAAGUGUGUGUUCCCAGUGGCCUUAGUCCUCAGUUCACAAGGUGGAAGCUGGUGUGUUUGUGUGGUGGUGGUGGAUGAUGUACCUCCUGCCUCACUCACGUCUAAACGGCAAAUACAGGCAACAGCUAGGGGACUUUUGAGGAUCCUAAGAUUCCCAAGUUGUACCCCAGAUAUGUUAAGCAGACCAAGGGACACACGGUGCAGUUUUCAUUUAAGGAACGAUGCAGAAUGAGGUCUGAGGAGCUAGUUCGGUUCAAUCACGUUCAUCUUCAAAACACUUCAUGGAGAAGCACUGUACUGUGUUCUUGUGUGGAGACAAGUUCAAGAAGCCCAGCAGCAUCUGCUGACCCUCACUGUCCUCGCACUCCCGGCCUACUGCUUUGACACAGAAAAUUGGUUUCAUUUUCGCUCGUUAAAAAGAUUUAUUUUUCAAUAUAGGUGGUUUUAAUUUUUUUUCUUUCCUCUUCAAAGAAGCUGGCCACACAUGAAGAGCUAGACUCUGUCAGGUACAGAAAUCAACUUCCAUCCUGUAAUUACCAGACUGAGGAGGUUACAUCAAAGCUAGGGCAUUUGUAUCACCAUAAGACAACAUCUCAAAAAAUACCUCUACUGCAGGCAGUACGGAGGCUUCGUUGUCUCUCAUUUAAUGUCGUUUAGAUGAUCAAGAAACACUUCCCAUGAACACAUGACAAGUAGUGUUUUCCCAGAAAAAGUUUGCAUUUUUUUGGAAAACAAAGCGGCUUUCUAUCUGCUCGUGGGUCUCAUUUUCUGGUCUAAAAGACCUAACUUACCUGAAGUACAGAUUUGGGGGUUUCGUUUGUUUGUUUCGAUCAUAACAAAGUACCUUUGCAAACCUCUUCAUGUUUCAUAGAACCAAUUAGGCGACUCCCGCUCAGACGUGUCUUUGAAGUGAAAAGAAGCAGACUGGAGAGCUGAGGUCUCCGUCAGAACAUCUGUCCCUAUGGUUCAGUUCCUCCUCUCACUGACGCUUAGAACAGAGAAAACACAUCAACACUCUACACUGAACUUGGAUACAGUUGCUAUAAGAAAAACAUUUCUCCCAAACUUUCAAGAGGGUGACAACAUCAAUGCCAAGAAACAUCAAAGGCGAUGUUCGGAGCUCUCAGAGAGUGUGCCAACCUACCUUCUAAACACAGCCUUCCAUUCUCACAGGAUCCAGCUAACGAUGAGCCUGGCCCUGAGGGUCCUAAAGAGCUUGUCUUGCCUCUGUAUCUGGGUGAUUGCUCCCAAACCAGUUUGCACAUUACAAUCGUCAGUUGUCCAAACACAGUUCCCAUAGAAGGUUCAUUUCCAGAUUGUUCUUUGGCGCUGAGAGGAGAAUGGUGGCGUUGUAAUCUCGGGAUCUCCCGUGCAAUAGUCAUGUAGACAUGUAGAGACCUCUGCUGAGGCGAACAGGUCACAGUCUUGAUCAGUAAUGUUCGUCUUCCAUAAAGGCUGUAGAAGAGCUGGGAUAACUUGGAAAGUUAAAAGGGACACCAAAAUAAAUGUGUGUGCUUAGCUUUUUUUAUUUAUUCUAUAAAAACAUUAAUUUGAAUGCAAUUGUUAGCUUGUUUUUGCCUUUGUUUUAAUGGGAGGAGUUUCCUGCAAGCAGCAGGCACUGUCAUAAAAAGGCUCCACACUAAGGAUCUAAAGUGUGUCUGUGACCAAGUGUGGAAAGGUAAAUUAUAGGGAUAUCACUGAGUCCCCCUAAGUAUUGGAAAGCUGGACACACACACACACACACACACACACACACACACACACACAUGCCUGUCUAUUCUCUCUUCCUGCCUUGCUGUCUGGGUCAGUUCCAUUCUCCUACAUCCUGUAGAUGAGCCAUGCUUUCUCCAUCUCUUCCUGUGUGUCACUAAGGAUGACUGUCUUAGGAGACAUAGACAGGAGACCAGCUGUCUUAGUCACCGUUCUGUCGCUGUGAAGAGACGCCUUGAUCAAGGAAACUCUUUUAAGGGAACGCAUUUAACUGGUGCCUUGCUCGCAGUUUCAGGGGCUUAGUCCACUCACCAUCACCUCAGAGAGCAUGGCGGCAGUUAGGUGUGGUGCUGGAGAAUAGCUAAGAGUUGCAUCCUGACUUGGGGGGGGGGGAGCGCGUGGGAGAGAGCCUGGCAUGGGCUUUUGAAACCUCAAAGAAAUGACACAUUUCCUUCAACAAGGUCACACCUCCUAAUCCACUCCUUAUAACUAAGCAUUCAAACAUAUGAGCCUAUGGGGUCCAUUCUUCAAAAGCACCAGAGUAGCCAAGUCUCUCACCUCAAAUACUCAUGACUAUAGGGCAGGAGGAGUCCUUGUCUUAAUUAUCCAUUGCUAAACGAGUAGUUAAAGCACUCAGCUUGAGCCCACUGUCCACCUUGAUCCUUUCUACUGGGGCUGACUAAGUGGAAUGUUCUAGAUUGAGAACAUUUCACCCUGGAAUGUGGGGUGUGGUUAACAAGGGCAGAGAUACAUAAUGACCACACACUUCAGUCUGCUUUAUAAGCAAUAUGCAUUCAGUUCAGGAAAAUGAGAAAAUACUGGCAUGUGAGCGAAGAGAAAAGAAAACCCCUUCUACCAUCAGAAUGUCAUUCAGCAUCUCAAAGUUUCCUAUAAGUGUUUUUUUUGUUGUUGUUGUUGUUGUUUUUGUUUUUUGUUUUUUGUUUUUUUUUCUUUUUGCUUUAAACACUCUUCUCCCUGGCAGUUCUUUAAGUCACACUAAAGAGAAUAUGCACUGGUCAAAAAAAUAGCUGUGUCCUCUAAGUCGUUCCCUAUGAGUUAUUUUAUAACAUGAGAGACAGACAUUAAAAAAAUGGAAGUUACUUAGUAGAGUUAUUUGAAAUGACAAAUAUUGUAAAGGAAAUCGGCAAGGAAUUGCGGACAGACUGCCCUUAGAUGAGGCAGUCCUGAGGAAGACCUCUGCUGGGGGUCCACCCUCAGAGAUGAAAGGAGAAAGAGCUGGCUAUGGCAAGAGAGGGGAGUCCUGGGAGGAAGUGCAUAGCAAGGGGAAGGGGAUGGAUGCAGAGAACCUAAAGUGAAAUGAUUGUUUCCAUUCUUAGAAUUAAACAGAAAAGAGGUGGAGGGCAGAAGGGGACAGGGAAGGGAGGAACCACAAAGGAGAAUGGAGGAGGAAGGGAGAGGAAGGAGGGAGAGGAAAUGGGAGGAAGGCAAAGGUUGUAUGUUGUUCUGAAUAGGACACACCUUUUGUUGCUGCAUAAGUCAAGAAGACAUGAGGUAGGAGGUCAGGGCCUUGGAAUGUUCUGAGAGCGGAGAAAAUUUGAAAAAGGGGUGGGGUGGGGUGUGUGAUGUAGAGCCAGGAACUGGGAAGGGAAGGACUUUUAAGACCUACUGUCAUCCCCUAAGCUACUAAGAGCAGAGGACUGGUGUGACGCUAAGAGAGGCUUUGAUACUGUGUUUUGAAAACAUGGAAUAUAUCAAUAGCCACACUUUAGCCCCAAACAAUGAACAGACAAUACUGGUUCUCUCCAGUUUGGGGAUGUUUGCCGACACUUUGGAACAGGUAUAAUUCCCACCAAAGCAGCAGCAGCUUCUUGAAGCAUCUGUGCUUUCUCUUCUUCUCCGAAACCUUUCGGCUGUACCAUAGCAGGUAACCGCUCUACACCUGGACAAGAAACACUACCAGCCAGUGAGGCUUCCAAAGGCAGGCUUCGUUCAUGAACCUAGGCAGAGAAGAUGCCCUAUGCACUGCCAACUGGAUGCCCAAUAACAUUAAUGACCAAUUAGUCAGUGAGCGUUUCCCUGGGCUAGAGCUGGGGUGGGUUAGCAGAGUCAUGAGAAGCUUGUCUCCUGUUGACUUUUGAAAUCAUACUGAAGAAAAAAACUCGCAUACCUGAACCAGUUGCCAAGAACAAUACAAGGCAGAAAGUGCUAAAAGCAUCAUAGCAGAGCCAACGAGUUGAAGGGGAAGCAGGAUGCUGUGAGCUAGCCUUGAAGAGAACCCUGUGGAGCUGGACCCCAAGUGAAGUGGGAGAGAGCAGUGUUAUGAUUAAUGAUGUUUAAUGCACUGUGCAUUCUGCUGAGACGGACAUUUAGAGCUUUAGGAGCACAGCCAGCAUGUUAGACAUAGCAUUUACUUUGGAUUCACUUCGAUAUAUUUUGGGCAAAAAGUGAGUCACGGAUAAAGUAUUUCAUGCACAAAGCAGCUAUUCUUUUUUUUUUCUUCGGGCCUUUAUAGACUGUUGUGUUCUUUUCUGUGUUCAACACAGCGGGUCCAUCUCUGAAAGGCUCCUGUAAGUCAAGUCCUUGCAGGGAUUACAGGGACGAGCCGGGAUGACUGAGGAUAUCGUUAUCAUGGACUGGAUCUGAAAUGACAUUAUUUAAUGUAGUAGGUGACUACGUGGGAAAGAUAUCUACUUCGAAUAUCUUAAAAUUAAUCUUAAAGUUAGCGUACAAAAUAGCAUGUCUCAUGAGAGUUUUACAUACAGAAACCUAUAUGUAUAAAUAUGUGUGUAUGUGUGUGUGUGUGUGUGUGUGUGUGUGUGUGUGUGUGUGUGUGUGUGCAUAUACUGAAAUCCUGUCUUGGAGCUUGAAUCUUAAGGGCCAAAGUUAUGGACAGAAUUUCCAGGCACAUCUGGUAUGCUUUCCCCACCUGGUCUAGCAACAGCAAAGCCUUCAACCAACACAAACCCCACAGUCUUUCUUAAAAGAGUGAAAGUCCGUGUCUAAAAUUCGCACAGAAAGUGUGCCUUGUUGCUCCUGUACAUUCCUCCUGGCACGGAGUCGGUCACAAUGAGCCUCCGCCUUGUGUGCCAGCUUGGGAUCAGCGCAGAGGUGUGCCAUUGCCAUGAGCCCAUCGCCGCAUUCCCUGCAGUUUUGCCUCAUUUUGGUAAUGUUCAUCUUCCUCUUGGCUCCAGUUCUCAGGGCUUCACACGUGUGUGGAUGUGCGCUGGGCGUGAAAAAGCUCCCCCAGCUACAGACUUCUUGUCAGUUGACACUUAGUGCCUAAAAGGGUCAGUGUCCUGGGGACUGAGACAAGCACAUGGCUAUUUUUGGAAGCAAUUCAGCCACAGCAAGCAUCACGGCAAGCACAUGCACAGUGAAGGCCUGGACCCAAGGCCCACGCUUAGAGAACGUACAGUCAGGUUGGACAUAAUCAAUCCAGCAACGUUAAGCCACAAAAAGUCCAUAGUUCUAUAAGGCCAAAGAAGGAAAGGGAGCUUCAUAAUCUGUGGAAAAGGACCCAAACCUCCAGUUUCUUCUCUCUUUCAGCAAAGGAUCUUGCUGAUGAUAAACUUGGAAGUGACACUUGCAAGAGGAAAUGUAAACCAGGGGGAAUUGCUCUCGCCUUGAGAGUUGUGAUUAGCUCCAAUGUAUUGUUCCAAGAUCCCAAACGCUUCACUGGAAUAACCAAUGAGAAGUCAUAUGUGAUCGUUUGGGCCAGUCUCUUUCUAGAUCAUCCCUAAUUUCUAGCAACAACCACAUCUCUAAUGGGCUGUAAGGGAAGCUCACAGAUGGUGGGACCCAGAUAAGCAAAACACACACACACACACACACACACACACACACACACACACACACACACCUCCAGGCAGCUACAGAUUCAGAUUUCGAUCUUGCAUGCAUGCCUGGUUGAGAGGACAGGAAUCUACUUGGGGGUACUGUGGCCUAUGGAAUGAAUUGUUACCUUUGUGAGGUACAUCCCUUGUUUCUAAGGCAGCACAGGAGACAAAGGGUACAUUUAGUUUGUGGGAAAGGAUGGGGGCAGGGGAAGAAACAGAAACCAGAGGAUUGUGCAACCAUGGCGCUUUCAAAUCCCUCCAGGAAGUUUAUGUUUCAAGGCCUUUGGAAGAGUAGGGCACAGCUGUUUAAAACAGAGCUGUUUACUGAUGGGCCACAGUCCCCCAUAAGCGCUCUUGGUACCACCACUGCAGCUCCAAGAAUGACAGGUCACUGCUUGUAGACUCUAUCUAGCCUAAGCAGGCUUGUGCCUACCCCAGCAGAGGCCAUAUGUCUCAAAAGGCAAGGGACGUUCAGAGAGGACUGAGAAACGGGGAUGGGGGAUUGAAGAGCCUGCUGGAUCUUAACAGAAGAAAGUCAGGAUUCUCAUGUAAACCAGACUAGACUUGUUGUGUGGAAGGCCACACUGCAAAGAAGCCCUUCAGAUGACCAGCCAGUGUGUGUACUCAGUACAGCAUCUCACAACCAGCAUAGCAAUUUUGAAUUUCUUGUGAAAAAUUCAAGGUGCCCUUGGCAGUAUCUCCUUUAAGCCUUGAGUGACAGGACAGGAUGUGGCUUAGAGCUUUCUCUAUGUAGUUAAUAAAUCCAUUCACUGGUGAAGUGACCUCUUGUCUCUUCUCUCUCGGAUAAUGAAGCUUCGAGACUGACAUGUGAUUUCCCCAUGAACCUCUAACCAAUGAUGGCACCAUUCUUUCCCUGCAGUCCAUCCUAAAGAGUUCCCAGAUGUCCUUACCCUGGACGUGCUGGGCAUCUUCAUCCUGCAGCUCUUUCUUCCCGACUGCCUCUGCACACUGUGUCCAGAACAGUGCAGACGAGACAUGGUAAAGGCCAAAAGGCAACUACGUCAACAAUCAGGAGGCAGAGUGCAGGCCAAGUUGGCCUGUGCUGGCACACUGCUUCCUGGCAUCGCUAGCUUCUGUUUCAGAAGGGAGUCUCAGUGAGUAGGCAGGUAUUAACCUCACACUCCCCUGCCUCAGCCUCCAGGGUGCACUGCGACACCUAUGUAAUAGUAAUUCCAGGAGAAGAUUCCGUGAGACUCUUCAGUGGAAUCUCAGUCCAGAAAGCACACAGGCCUGGGGUUGGCCCUCAGGAGCGGGGCCCUUGCUCAGCAUGCACAGGUCAACCUGUUCUACCAUCAGCAAUACCAGGAAGGGAGAAGGGGAAAGAGAAUGGGGGAGAUGGGCAUUCAUUUUGCCAUUUUUAUCUAAUGACAGCCUUUCAUGAUUAUUUUUUUCUUAUUUUAAAGAACACUUUCUUUCCUGAAGAAAAAAAUUAAAAUUUCACUUUGCAACAGGUUUGCAUAAAGUUCUUAUAAUCUAUAUGGUCAGAGGCUCCUCUCCUGGGUGAUUUUAGAUUCUGUCAAGUUUACAAUGAAUGCUAAUAAUCAUGAUAUACAAAAACAUUCAUACAGCUGCAAAGCUUACUGUUCUCUUCCAUAGUCAAAUGAAUUAACACGUUUUAGUGGGCAUUAGGGCUAUGGUGACCCUGUGUACUGAAUCUAUCAGCCCUCAGUAGCAGAUGCAUCUUGGAAAUGCUUCGUCCAACUUGUCAACAUAAUGAACUGCUUUCUAGAACCUGUUGUCAUCUCUGCACCUCGGGACAUGCUUCCCCUCCCCUGUCCCAUGCCACCCAAGUUAGCAGAAGGUACAGCCAGGUAGCUCUCAGUUUCUCUAUUCUGACCUCUACCCUUCUCCAUUUAAAGCCACACCCUCACUACAGGUCACCCACUUCUCAGUCACAUUUUCUUAGGUCUUGAUUCUCCUUUUGGCAAAUUGGCAAACUCUUUCACAUUGAGGUUUUAAUGAUGAUGUCCAUCUGUUCUCAUCCGUGUCUGACUGGAACUGUUUAGAGGCUCCAUAUCAUAAUUCAAACCCAUGUGUCUGGAGGAAGAAUCUUACUCCAGCAAUAGAAGCUCUUUAAAGAGCUUUGAGUGUCAUUUAGAUUGUAGGAUCCCAGUAGUUCAAUCCAUGUCUACUACAUCUGUGUGUUUGAUGGGGUGAUAUGGCUAUGGUUAGAAACUUCUAGAAGAUGGGAUACAGCCUAUUUCCAACACAAUCUCUCCAGAAAUCUGUCAAUAGUGUCAUGCCUCCUAAGGUUUGGAGUGUGUAUGCGUGUGUGCAUGCAUGCAUGAGUGUGUAGAAAUGAACCUGGCUGUCUGCAUGCUACAUGCUCACUCUACCAUGAGCAGCAUCCCUAACCCUCAGUGGGGUUCUAAUGGCAUUUCUCUGUCUCCAUGGAGCUACACGUCUCCUUUUCUAUUCCCAUCUUGAGGUAUCUUCAGCUAUGGUUAGUGGCUACCAUCAAUUCCCGCUCUCCUGGUGUUUACUAUUCUCUAGGCUUGGGCAGGAAAUGACCCCAAAGAUAAUCUUUUUGUAGAGCACAGAAGUGAAAUCUCUAGGCUACACUGGCAAAGUGAGUCGAUGUGAGGAACAGCUCUAGGUGUCUGACCCCUCAGUAUCCAUAUAUAGGUGGUAUUUAUCUCUGACUCCUCCGAGGAAGCACUUGCUUGAGCUCCUGGCUUCAUUGCUGACUGAAUGUGUGAUCUAGUCACAAUAUUACACAGUCUUUAAACUCACCUUUGUCAUCUAGAAGAGGGAAAGUGUGCAAUGCGAAAGAACAGCGAUGUGUGUUGUUUGGAAGAGUUGGAGCACUAAGAUUUAUUUACCUAGAGGAAGAGCUUGCUCAGCUCAAGGCCUGGUACUUAGGCCCUGAGUAAAUGACGGGUAGUGUUGUAAUUUCCAGAACCAGUGUAUCAAUUGUUCCUUCUGGGCCUGCUUCUGCAACCCUGGUGGCCCACAGAGAACGUACGGGAUGGGCUGCAUCCCACAUCAAGUGCAGGCCUAGAGAAGAGUAGCUGGAGAAUCUGGCAGAACGAGUUUUUAGUAGGUUUCUGUUUUUUGCUUUUUCAAAGCAGUAGAAAAUAAAUCAAAGGUGAAAACUAGCCUAGAAAAGAAUUAUUCCAUUGUUCUUUACAAGGGGAGGACCCUUCACAUGCUGCCUGUGGCUGAAGUAAGUCACGAGCCACGUGGCCGAUUCUGCUCCUGCCUCUUUGCUACCCUAGGACAGACAAGGGACACCUGGGGUCUCUGCUGGUGACAGGCUGUCAUUUUUCUGGGAGCAAAGAAGACAGAGAGCAGAGAAAGGGAUGGGGAAGCCCCACCCUUGGCUGAAUUCUGUUCAUAACUGAUUGGACAUCUGGAGGACGGGGUCAGAUUGCUUGGUUAGUAACAGGAGUCUCAUCCACACUAACUUGAGCAGUCAGGAGGUCACUAUAAAGACGCUCCAGAGUAUCAAAGCCUGCAGAGUGACACAGAGAUCUCUCCACUCUGCUUCUGCCUCUCUAAAACUUAUGUCUGCUGUGCCUGUACAGCUAGCUCCCAGGUUCGGUAAAUCACUACCCAGCUAGCCUUGUGCCUCUGACCUCACUUCCCACAAGGCUACAGUUUUAAUGGGAGAUCCCCCGGCCCAGCAUGGGUCACGUUGCUCUCAUGCUAGAGUCAGCCAUUGUGAUAGGGUCACACUUGCUCCACCAGCACCUCACCUCCAUCACAGUCACAUGCCACCUGUGUGUGGCUGGAACAGAUUUUGAUGAGCAACAUGACAAGGAAUGCAGUUCACAUUCAGUCCUGCACUGUGACGUUCCCAAUUCUACCACGUUUUUCCUGAGGUCUAAGGAAGCCCUGAGCUCGCUGCCACUGGCCGUCUUCCUGCCAGGUAAACCUUGAUCCUAGACUGACUGGCUGAAACAUAACAGGAUGGAAAUGGUUGGCUUUGGGCCCACCCAGACCUACACUUAAUAGCUGUUUGACCUGGAAAAGUGUUAGCCCUAAGAGCCUUGUUCCCUGGUCUGCAAACUGCAUGCCUAAUGUAUAUCUAAUGAGCUGUUAGGCAGAUGCAGGGCAAUAAAGUUAUCGUGUUUUAAAUCCCUGGCAUAGAACGUAUAUACACUACUAUGAAUUCCCUUUGCUUGAUUCAGAGAUAUUCAAAAGAAAGGGAAGGGAGAGGAGAAAUAAGACUUUCUGAAAAGCAUUUCGACCUCAGCUACUUCACAAUUACCUUGAGUAGACAUUAAAUCAUUAGGGUCUGUGGGCAGAGCCGUGGAGGCCACAGCGUGGUGGAGACAGCUCUUGCCUUAGAGAUGAAGCAGCUAUUGGCUCAGGGAACCAAUGAUGAACGCUUUAUUCUUUUGAAACAUUUAUUGGUAUGGCUGCAUGGUCGUUCAAAAGUUCAGUCUGUUCACUUGGGCACUGUGACCCGCACAGAUAUGUUGCUGUGGAGAUGCACAAAACAUACACAGAACAUGUGCAAAACAGAAAGCCGUGGACUUUCUUAUAAACUAUAGUUGUAGAGUUAUACUGUGAACAUUGUGAGAAAUUUUUAUAUGACUUGUCUAGCUCCAUCCCAUGAGACUUUUUCAGUUUGGGAAAUGGAGGCUCAAACAAGCCUGGUAAAUUGUCGGUCACAGCAUUGCAAUGCAAGCUUGGCUCAGCCUGAUCCCAGCACCUUUUCUCAUAACACAUAUGCAGUACUGUUUUUCAACAACUUGGUUUUGUUACAAGAUCUAAUGAGUGUAGUUGGUCUGAAUAAGGCAACUUUCACAUAGGCUCGUGUGUUUGAAUGCUUGGUUCCUGGUUAAUGGAAGUGUUUGGGAAGGAUCAAGAGGUGUGGCCUUGUUGGAAGACGUGUGCUACUUAGUAGUAAUCUUUUAGGUUUCAAAAGCCCAUUCCAGUCACCUCCCUUCUCUCUCUCUCUCUCUCUCUCCUGCAACUCCUGGCUGCCUUCAGAUCAGGAUCCAAAGCUCUCAGCACCAUGUCUGCUUCCCACUAUGAUGAUAAUGGACUAACCCCCUGAAACUAUAAGCAAACCCCCAAAUAAAUGCUUUCUUUUAUAAGAGUUGCUAUGGUCAUGGUGUCUCUUCACAACUGUAGAGCAUUCACAAAGAUAGAAACAGAAGAAAAAGGUCUCCAAGGAAACCUGCGCUUUGACUGUCUCAUUUAAUAAGUCCUGCCCACAUAGCACUGUCCCUCCAGCAUGAGGGGACCAAGGAUAGCAAGCGCCCAGACAUCCUAGAUCUUAAGUGAGGAAGAGGAUCUGCAAACAACCUGGAUGUGGCAAAAGGCAGCGACGUUUCCUGUCAUCUGAGCCAUCACAGGCCCAAUGCAGAGAUGGGGUUACAGAAGACAGAGAUGGGGUUAUAGAGGACAGAGAGCUGUUCUAACCUAUUUAGAGGACGCCAAAGAGGGUAAGGUUGAACCUGGGAAGAAAUAUUAAAGAAGAUAGAAAUUUCGGGCUUCCUUAAAUUUGUUGGUGUUCCCAACUUGGUCAAAGUGUGAGCACACUGAGUAUGUAGCUACCCUAGCAUUUUAUGUGCACGCACAUGAGACAUUUUUCUUUAUUCCAGUUUUUAAAAAAGUCAUAACUCCUUACAUGUUAGAAGAAUUUUUCCCCUAUUAACCAAUCAUGGAGAUUAAUCAAUCAGGGGGAUUGCUGUAACCUUGAAAUUAAUUUCAUUUUCUCCUGUGUAUUCCAUUAUAUUCCAGGCUAGGUCUCACUGGGGGAGCAGAUAUUUAAACUUGAUGCUGAAGGCAGAAGCUGUAACCUAGUUGGUAGAAUGCUCACCUAAUAUGCUGGGUUAGAUCCCCAGCACCAUAUAAACUAGGCAUGGUGCUAGAUACCUGUAACCACAGCUACUAAGCAGGUCAAAGCAUGUAUUAGUCAGGGUUCUCUAGAGUAACAGCACUUACAGGUGGUCUCUAUAUAGUAAGGGAAUUGGCUGAUGACUCACGGUCUGAGUCCAACUCCCCAGCAAUGAUCUGCGGCAGCUGUGUGGAAGUCCAAGCAGUGGCUCAGUCCCACAAGGCAGGCAGGUGAAGACGAGAGAAUCUUCCUUCUUCCAAUGUCCUUACGUAGGUCUCCAGCAGGUGUGUCCCAGACUAAAGGUGGGUACCACAACACCUGGAUCUGGGACUUGCUUUGUCCCAGAUGACCUUGAACUCAGAGAUCUCCUUGUCUUAGAUUCUUGGGAUUCAUAGCCACUAUGCCUCAAGAUCUCCAUGCCACGAUCCAGGUCAGAGACAAUACAAAUAGCAAACACAUUUGUAAAUUUGCAAUGGGGCAAUGUCCCUUGGGAACAUUCUUUUAGUAUCUCAACUUAAAUACCAAUUGAUGUUAAAGAAAUUGUUAGACAAAUGUGUUAUUAACAAAAUAUGACAGAAGCAUUCAUAGUACUUCAUAAUCCUCAUUUCUGCAACUGGUUCCAUGGCCUUAGCUGGUAUUUAUAACCACCUUCCUCUACUACCCAUUCUGUAUUUGCUCCACCCUCUGCAAGGUCUUGGCUCUUUUCCUGGAGGAGUGACCCACACCUUCAUUCCUGAUGGAUCUGCAUCCCUCGCCAUCCUGCUUGGAUUAGGCUGUUGUAGUUUCUUAUUGACUUCAAUCACAGGACAUGGCAGUACCAAGAGAUGUCCUAAGGGAUCUCCUGCACUCCAGACAUAAUCCUUCUUACCUCCAUUGUGAAAAGGCAAUCCAAUUUCCCCAUGGUAAUCCGGAUCUAUCACCCCUCCUAACACUGUUAUUCCUUUCUUAGCCUGUUCAUUUAAGGACAUUAGAAGCCCAAAAUAACCAGGGGGAAGUCCGAGCUUCCAGUUCAAUGGAAUGUUUGUUGUGGCUCCUGGUAGGAACACUCCUCUCUCUAGAACCAAGGUACCCUUAGGUACAUAGAAACUUUGAAACCAACCUGGUAUAAUAAGAUCCUGCCUCCAAAACAACAGAAAAAUAAUCAAGUUGAUUUUUUUUAAUUAAAGGUUUAAAAGUUGAGCUUAGAAGCCAUAAAGACGUCUCGGGGGUUAAGAGCACUGGCUACUCUCCAGGAGGACCUAGAUUCAAUUUUCAGCACCAUCAUGUGACUCACAACCAGCAUUGACCCCAGUUCCAGGGCAUCUGAUGCCCUCUUCUGGCCUCCUUUGAUAUAAGCCAUUCAGGUGGUACACAGACAUACAUGAAAGAAAGGCACCCGUAUACAUAAAAUAAAAA